AUGGAAAGCAGUGUCUUACAAUCCAGAAACCAAGAAAAUCUUGGUUUCUGGAUUGGCUACAUGGUUGCCUACAUGGCAGUCACAUCAUUUUAUGAUUCAUACAAAAGAAGUCUGGGGUACAGAUUUGUGGGAGCAGAUAUGGGAGAUAGUACAUCAAAAUGAGGUAACAGUCUUUCAUGUCGAUGCUCACUGUAAAACUGACUCAUUGGAUCGUCUGUUUAACUCUGUUGCAGACGAGAAAGCCAAGAUCUCAGAAGCGUCUGUUGAAAAUCUUAACUCACUUUUGGGAUUGGCUACUUGGGCCCAUCAGAAAUGUGGACACUUGGGAGAGAAAGCCACUCACAGGUGGGCACAACAGCGAGGCAUUUUAGUGCCGCUUGAUUUAAUUAAAACAGUAAUUCUGCAAUGUCCAGUGUGUCAGCAUGAGCAGAAUAGACAUGUACCAGGGAUGGUAUGAGGUCAAAUAAAAAGAGGAACAACACCAGGGCAAAUAUGGCAGGUGGAUUACAUAGGUCCACUUCAUAUGAGUAAAAAUUGUCAUACAUAUUCAAGAUAUUUAUUGGUUCACCCUCGCAAGAGGGCUACUGAAAUAAAUACUAUUAAAAUGUUGGAAACCAUAAUACAGUACUAUGGUCUCCAAUUACAGAUUCAGAAUGACAAUGGAAGUCACUUUAAAGGAAAACUGGUACAAGACUUUUGUGAUGAAAACGAUGUUGAAUGGAUAUUUCACAUACCCUACUAUCCUCAAGCAGCUGGUCUGAUUGAAAGAAUUAAUGGGUUAUUGAAAAAACAAUUGAGAAAACUUGGUGAAGGGACCAUGCACAAAUGGAGAGAUAACUUGCCUACAGCUGUGAACAUAUUGAACAAUAGGCCACUCUCAGUCCAUGACACUCCCCUCACUAGAAUGAUUGCACCCAAUAUACAAGCUAAACCAUAUGCAACAACUUAAUGAGAAUUAAGCUUACUUUGUAUUGGGUCCCCUUGUGGACAAUAAAGUGUGGUGUGAAUUUUUAUCUUCAACUUGGUCUCUGUGUGAUUUCUCUUACCUAUAGUUCAAGAUACUCAUCCCAAACUGGGUUGUGUCGCUAUAAACCUUAUUAGGUAUUGAUUGUUACUUUUUGGAUAUUGGUGCUUCAUGAAUUUAAUGAUUAGGCACAACACCCACCACUCACACACACACACACACUAUACUCCUCACAAACGCACACUACACCCUUCACACACACACUGCACACCUCACACAUACACACAGCAGCCCCCAAACAUGCUGCCCCACAUACACACACAAUACUUCCAAACAUAUAAACAUAUGUAUAUAUACUACAGAACAGUGGCGUACACAUAACCCAUGGGGCCCCGGUGCAAAACUGAUCCAUGGGGCCCCCCUCUCCUUCCCUCUAACUACCCCCGACAGACAGGCACACACAUACAUACAGAGAGACACACACAGACAGAUACAUACAUACACACACACGGCACAUACAUACAAAGACACAUACAGACAGGCACACUCACACACAAGACACACAUACAUACAAAGACACAUACAUACAUAAAAACAGACAGGCACACACACAUACAUACAGACAGAGACAGACACACAUACGACAAACACACAUACAAACAGACAAGACACAGACAGACAAGACACAGACAGACAAGACACAGACAGAAACACAUACAAACAGGCACACAUACAUUCACACACACACAAGACAAACAUACAAAGACAUACAUAAGAACAGAUAGGCACACAGACAGGCAGACACAUACAGACAGACAUGCACAAGACACACAUACAUACAAAGACACAUACAGACAGAAAGAUACAUACAGACAGACACACAAGACAUGCAUACAAACAGACAGGCACACAUACAUACCGACAGACACAGACACACACAUACAAACAAACACACACAUGUAAUAUUUAAGUCACCCUCCUGUUACCUACCUUUUAAGUGCAGGAGGGUGACUUUCCAUGGGGUCAAGUGGUGGUUCAGGUUGAUGGGAGUCAGAGUUCCUGCUCUGACUCCUUGUUCUUUCUCCCGCGCGGUCUUUGUGUGUUAGCUCAUCACAGGGGACUCGGUCGUGCUGUUAAAGCGCCUAGCGCUGACCAGGCCCCCUGACAAUCCAUCUCCAUUGGGUGGCCCUGACAGCAUGGGCCACUCGAUGGGCACCUUAACAUGCGGCCCCGGCGGUUUGUCGCGCGGACCGGGGCUGGGGCCGCAAAUGAUGAUGGCAGGCACCAGGUCGCAGGAGUCCGCAGGGCAGCCAGGUCCCCUUGAGAGAUGGGCCCGGUCACAGCUGCAACCCCUGCGACCGCGGUAUGUACGCCAGUACUACAGAACCCCUCACACACAUACUGCAUUCCAGACAAACACUAGAUCCCUUACCCAUCUCUGGAUCAUCAACAUAUAUACACACCCAAGAUCUCUAUAUACACUAAGAAUCCUCUACACACACUCACUAGAUCUCCUAUACAUACUCUGGGUCCUUCAAACACACAAUAGAUCCCCUACACAUACGCUGCACCACCAAGACACACUGCAUUUCUGACAUACACACUCUGGAUCCCCUAUGCAUAUUCUAGAUUCCAUGUAAGCAAACACAUUGGCAGGAAGCAGUGUAUUGCUCUCACUGAGCACUUCCUGUCCUACCGGGUAGCGAAAACAGAGGCUCCUCUACCGUGUUCUGCAUGCUCGGCUACACUACAUGCAGUGACCGGCAGGAGGAGGGCGCUGUGCCGGUCACCCAGCGGACUGAUCCUCCUCCCCCUGUUAGUACGCCACUGCAAACACUAUAACCCCUUCAAUGAGAUUAAGCAGUUACAGUGCCUACAGUGUCCCUUUAAAUUCUAAGUCACAUUAUAGGACAGUAUCAUCUUCCUAUGGAAUUAUUGACGCACUGAUUUCCAGUCUUUAAAGACUCCCACAAUCCCAUCUUGCUUACAGUGCCCACAUCCCUACACAUCUGAGGCAAUCCCAGGACUCGUGCCAGGGUGAUUUUGUACUAAGUAAUAGUGGAUGAUGCCAGGGUUUGUGUGUAACAUAUUCCAUGUCAAUUUCCACUAUAAACAGCAAACUCGCCCUCGUAGAGCCUCUGUCUGCAAGUGAUAUGUGUGAGCUGUCUGACACUGAGCAAGAACUUAUGCAAGCUGAGACAGACAGGGAGCCAAACUGCUUACAGAGGAAGGCGGCUAAAUCUAAAGCGUGCUUGUUUGUAUUUUUAGUUACAAAAAAUGUUUGAAUUGAAAACUGCAUAUUCAUUCAGGGUGCUUUUAAAUGCACUGUUAACGCUGUUUGUGGACCCAACAUUACAGCCUGCUCUACAUGUAAUGUGGACAUAUGAAUUCUAGAUUAUUAUUUAGCUCCAACAUACUCCUCUGUGCUUUUAAAACUGAAGAAGAGGGAUGUGCUUAGAUGAUUUUUGCAAUCUAGAUGAUGUGGGGUACAAGUAAAUCUCAGGUCCAGAAAGGUAAAGAGAUCGCCAGGUGUUGUGUUAUCUGUAACUAACAGGGGUAGGAAAAAGUAAGUAGAUUUAUAUAUUUUUUUUUAAAGAGAGAGGAAGAGAAAAGACUGAUAGGUUGGUAUAGGGCAUUCCAUCAUGAAUUGCAGAAUUCUUUUGUUAACCUCAAGUAGCCCCCUACCCCAUAUAGCCCAUUAUAAAGAACACUCUUAUGACUGGCACUCUAAUGUAGCAGAAUUCUUCUGAAUGUAGUAAGAAAUUGACAACCACAAAGGAUACAUUUGCAAAUCAUUAAAUUAUGAGACAGGUUCUCACUGGGCUCCUUUGCGCACAAAAGAGGAAAUGGCUUGCAGCAAAGAUUCAAUCCCGAAACCCGACUGGGAUAAAAAAUAGUGUAGAACAAAAAAAAAAACAACACAUUUACCAGGCCUGUUAUCCUCUUAUAUAGUUGCAUUAGGCUGAAAAGUGACAUAAAGUUCUGAAAAAUUUACAUAGGCUGAAAAGAUCCAUCAAGUUAAGCCUUUCAAACCUCAUUUUUUGCUGUUGAUCCAAAAUAAGGCAAACAAAUAUGUUUUGAAGCGCUUUACAAUUUUGCAACAAACUAGGAAAAAUUGCUUUUUGACCCCAGAAUGGCAGUCAGAUCUCUCCUUGGAUCAGGAAGCUAUUGCCCAUGUCUUAUGGCGGUCUGUGAUAAAAAUCUAUUUUUUAAAUAAAGUUAUAUUUACCUAUUCUAUCUGCCAUUUUCCUUUUUGAUACCUAUCUAGAGAUCUAGCAAGAAAUGUUAUGUUAGAACAGAGCAGGGUUCUUCCACAAAGUUUACAUAUUUGACUGUGUAUAUCACUCCUAUUACUGUUUAUACAUAAUUUUCCAGUGAUUUUUGGGAUCGGAAUUUAGCUAUUGUCAGUAUAUUUAUUAAAGCAUGCUGUCUACAUUUUUUAUUUUUUUUUAUUUUUUUAGUAAUGUUUGAUAUCCUUUACCUCAUGAUACAGAAAUAUUUGUACUUUUGCCAAUUUGGGUGUACUCCAGAGUGGUGAUAUCAUUUGAUUAAUGUCCCCUUCCAAUAUUCCUAUAGCAGUGUACAGUCAAACCCUAUAUGUUAUAGUAGUUUUGCUAUCUGUAAUAUGUUAAUUGAAGCACAAUUAAAGGGACACUAUAGGCACCAAAACAGCUUUAGCUCAAUGAAGCAGUUUUAGUGAAUAGAUAAUGUCCCUGCGGUCUCACUGCUCAAUUCUCUGUCAUUCUUCAUUGCAUGUGACUUCCACAGCCUUCCACACACUUCCUGUAAAGAGAGAGCUCAUGUUUAAAGUAACUUUUUUGCAAGUUUUGUUUAUUUAAAAUUUAUCCUGCUUUAAUAACCUUCUAGACCCUGUAGGAGCUCCUGUGUGUGAAAAAAAAGUUAAAUUUACAGGCGAUAAAAACCUCCAACGUAAGUUAACAUCUGACUGAAAAUGAAACCUUUUUUUCCCAAGCAAGCUGUGUGACUCAUGGAAGAUGUGGCAAGAGCUGCAUAACCGAAACAAGUGUUUUUACGAUUAAAUGGCAGAGAAUUUAGCAAUGGGACUGAUGCAAUUUAUCUAAGGGUCUUGUACCACCUGUAUUACACCUUUUCACUUGAGUGUUCACCUAAACAUCCGGUCUAGGACUCUAGUGUCCAGAAUACAAGUUAAUAUUCCUGACACUAUAGUGUUCCUUUAUUUCUGAGUUUCAUGUAAUCCAUAGAGGUAUGUCAUCUGUGUUAAUGAUAUGUUUUAACAUUGAUUUUGUUUAAAAUGUAUUUAUUCUUUGUUUCUAUAAUGCUGUAAAGAAUAAUAUUAAGGUGAUUUGAAAUGCUAGCAAAUUCAGUAACCUGUAAGGUUUAACAUGUGUAUAGUUAACAGGAUCAUCUGUUAUACACAGUUGGUUACACUUAAAGGAACAGUCUACUUCCGAAAUAAUAAAAAAUCACUGUUUUAUACACUGUGACAAAAGCUUCCGUAGUGCCUCAUAUGAAGGAGUGCAUUAAAUUUCUGUGUACCUCAGCAGCAAUCCACAGAGGUCCUCAAGUCCAGAUGGGAAGUACAGAAAGCAUCCGGGGGCCCCAAACACCUACCUAAAGUGACAAUACCCCUUUUACUUGCUAUUGCUACCAGGCCCAUAGUCCGUAGGUAGGAGGUUGCCUUUCAAGCCUCUCCAAAAGUUGUGACGUGGGAGUUUCCGUUACAUACCACAGUGAAAACAUAACGCAUUUAAUUAUGCUUUAUGAUGUCUUUUUGGGGGGGAAGGUGUAUAUCUAGAAAUGGUAUGCAAAAACUGCCAAUCUCUUGUCUGCAGCCUUUGCAAGCCCUCCUCUUCUAAACCCGCCCAGACUUUCUAUGACUGUCCAAUCACAGAUUUCCCAAUGCAGUUCAAUGAGAAGUCUUUGCAAAGCUCCACUGAGCAAAACAAACAAGAAGUAACAGAACACGUCUGACUGAAAGCCAAGGGGUGUAAUACGAUUAAUUUAUUAAAGUGCCAUUCCUAUUGAAAUCUGCCUGUUUUUGUAAAUUUUGUAAAUUGAAAAAAAGAGGACUUAUUCUUUACACAUAUUGGUCUGGAGUAUUCAUUUAAUGGCUUGCCCCUUGGUUAAUCCUCUCUCAGGUCUCAAACAAGAUUUUGCUCACAAACAGGAAAUAACAGAAGCUAUUAGGUUUUUGCUAAUCCUCUGCGUUUUCAUAUAUUAUGCUUGGUUUUGCAUCAAUGCCAUUGUUUAGGUUCAUCCCAAGUUAAAAAAGUAAUGUAGACAUGGACCCCAUGCUACUGUGCCUCAGCAUAGCUGUCCAAGCUUUUGGCUUGCCCAGGCCACAAUGAGCUAAGAGGAAUUGUCUUGGGCUGCAUAUAUAAUAUACCGUAUUUACUUGAAUCUAAUGCUCACCUUUUUUUGAAAAUAAAGUUUCCAAAAUUUGAAUGCUCAUUAGAUUCGAUGGGGCAUUACAUUCGGGGCACAAUUCAAAAUUUUCAGACAAAUUCAAACUGGUGAAUUCACACAGGCAAAUUUUGUUCCUGAAAGAGGGCUUCAGAAAGAAUAGACUUAACAUGAAAGACUAAAAUUGAGAUACCAUCCGUGUUACUAUGGUAAAUGGCAAUAAACUUUUCCAUUGUAGCACAAUGUUGUAUAGUAGUAUCUUCUUGUAUAAAUGCACCUUGCAUUUACCAGCAAAAACAUUUUUCAGUUUGCCAAGAGAGACAGUAUAAAGAGAAAAUAGAAGGGGACCAAGUACAGAGCCUUGGGGGACUCCAACAGAGACAGGAUGAAUUGAGGAGGUAUCAUUAGAAAAGGAGACACUGAAUGAGCGUUGGGAGAGAUAGGAGGAAAACCAAGAGAGGACAGUGUCACAGAGACAGAGUGAUUGAAGAGUUUGGAGAAGGAGAACAUGGUCAACAGUGUCAAAGGUAACAGAGAGGUCAAGAAGAAUUAAUAUAGAGUAGUGCCCUUUGGAUUUAGCUGCAAUUAGGUCAUUAGUAACUUUGAUAAGAGCAGUCUCAGUAGAGUGGAGGGGGCGGAUGCCAGACUGAAGAGGGUCAAGGAGAGAGUUGGAAUUGAGGAAGCAAGUCAGAUGGGUAAAGACAAGUCUUUCCAGAAGCUUUGAAGAAAAAAGGGGGCAGGGAUAUGGGAUUAUAGUUAGAAGGGGAGGAUGGGUCAGGAGAUGUUGUGGUUUUUUUUUGUGGUUUUUUUUUAGGUGGGUACUACAGUAGAAUGUUUAAGGACAGCAGGGACAACAUCAGCAGAGAGAGAGCAGUUGAAGAUGUGUGUUAAGGAAGCACAAGACGAGGAGAGAGAUCUGAUAAGGUGAGACGGGAUAGGAUCAAGUGGACAAGUGGUGGGUCGAGAGGAAAGGAGAAGCGCAGCCACCUCUUGUUCAGUAGCCUGGGAGAAAGUCUGAAGGGUCGGAAAAGCAUGACCUAGGUGUGGUUGAGAAAGAGAGGGGCAAGGUGGUGAGAAUUCUUUCCUUUGCCGGUAAAAUAGCAUGAAAAAAAUUUUGCCGUCAACAUUUUUCUUUUGAAUUGUGCGUGUCAACCCACAUUUAAAGACGAGUUAUACUAAUAUAAACACCGCAAAAAUGUUCAAGGGUGACACUUCACUAUCCAAAAGGCACAUUGUUACUUCUUGUGUUGAGUGCUAUAUACUUUCAGUGACCCACCGGACCUCAACAUACUGAUAGGAAAAAACAGAAUUCUUUUACAAUAACCUGAAUAUGUGCCUUAGGCAUUGCCUAUGCACAUACACAAAAAGCAAUUAGAUGGAACACUGAUAGAAAUUAUGCUAAUUUAAAAGCAUGGACCUUUAUCUAUAAAGCACAAGUCUUUUUACAAUAUAAUGGAAACGGGCUACCAGUGACAGAUAGGACAUUAUAAAAUUAUUAUAGAAAGUUGGCAAGCACUGCAAGUAAUGUGACCGCUGAGCUUUUCAGUAAUGCCCAAAAAUUAAAUUAAAAAAAAAAAUUAAAAAAACAAACUUCCUCAUUUGCAUUCGUUUGAUGUAGAUUUAUUUAUUUCUACAUCAAAAUAUUUUAAUACGAAUGUCCACGGUUUUUAUUUUUGUGCACUGAAUGAUUCUUUCUUGACUCUCCCAAGAAAGAACUCCAUUUAUUUUUCUUUUUUUUAAUUGUGUUAAAAUAAAUGUGUCUUAAACUGUAUCACUUCUGUAAACUAGAUGAAGUAAUACACCAGUGUAGACUUUUUUAUUUUUUUAAAUUUUUUUUUACUUCCUUUACUUCCAUCAGCACAGUAAGACAUCUGAAUAACACUUUCCAUAAGGAAAAUACAGUCGCAGUAAUAUUUUUUUUAUCCCUGGCAUCACUGACAUUUUUAUAAAAUAAAACUGUUUCCACUUGCGGCAAAAAGUAAAGGGGGGAAAUAAAAUAUUAAUAUCCUUUUUAAUUUUUGGUUUAAGAAAAAAAAAAUGGGGAAAAAAAAUAAAAAUAACUCUAGUAUUUAAACGUAUUUACUAAACUAAAAAUUGCGGAGAACAGGAAAAGUUCCCAGCUCUGGUAUUCCAUAACAUGUGCAAUCCCUUAACAUUUGCUAUCUUCUUUUCAAUUCCUUCACAAUUCUUAUUCAAGUCAAUAAACCUCCCCUCUCUCUGUAGCCCUGUGUGGAGCUAAAAUUGUUAUAUAUUGGCUGAUCAGGAUAUGAUCACAGUCUAAAACUAUGUCAUCCCUCUGUCUGUGCAAACCUUACCACCCCUAUUUUUGGGGAAGGAAAAAAAAUGCAGACCACUUAUGUAUGGUUUAGAGAGCAGUGUGUGCAUGUGGGGGGAGAGCAGCUGGCACCCACCCAGCACCCAGCAGUGUGUGUAUGUGUGUAUGUGGUAUCACUAGCUGGAAGCAGCACAGCUGCCAGGAGGGAACACACUCUACUCAGUUGACACGGCCGCCUCCGCUCUACGCUACGCACACUCUGCUAUCCAUCAACGACGUCUACGACAGCAGCGUAGGAAUAGCCUUCAUUGGCCCUCUGCGUUAACUGCGUAUUAGGGGCCCCCAAACAAAAAAAGGACGCCCCCUGUCUCCAAGCCGGUCUCUAGGAACAUCUUAUAAACAACAUGGCGCCUGCUCUGGCUGCAGAAGCAGUGUACUGAGCUGGGAUCUGGGGGCACUGGAUGACAUGCUGGGUGGUGGGCUGGCUGGCUGGUGGUGCUGGGUGGCACAGGAGGGACAGGCACUCUGCUUUUGGAGGGUAGAGUGCAGCAGCUGGGGGAUUGGUGUGUGAGAGAGCUCCCUCCAUCCUCCUCUUUCUCCUGGGUGGGGAGGGAGGGAGGGCGAGCAGGCAGGCAGGUCUCCUUUAUUGCCAUCAAGCUUUGCUAGCUCACCAUGUCUGUGCAGAGCUCACACUCAGGCGGGUGUGAGGCUCUCUCCAGUGAGUGCCAGAUGGACGAUGAGCAGCUGGGCUGCCAUGAUGAGAAGGAGAGACAGAGAGACAAGCUGCCACCCAUCCUGUGUGCAGCCAGUGCAGCCUCUGGGGUAAUUAUGUUUCUCUUUUGCUUGGGUCAUGUGUACCAUCUCCAUCUUUGCUCUACUAACCCACACAGAGCACCCCUCUAACCUUGGCACCCCAAAUGUGAGGCUGGAGAAUGGCUAAGCCUCAUGGGAAUUUUAGUCUUAAAACAUCUGGGAUGCCAAGGCUAGUCAUCAUUGCACUGACUGAUGCUCUAAGGAACAGUAGCAGCAAUAUUUUGAUUUAAUUUCAAUCAGGAGCUAUUGAUACUUUUUAUUUGCUCAUGGCUGGAAAUCCCCAUGUGCUGCAGAACCUCUUGGAUUCUCACUAGAACUAAAAGGCAUUGAGUAUUCUCAGGAAGCAGAAUAUUGAUUUACUUCUGUCUGUAUCCAAGAGGUCUGCAGUAGACUUGUGUUCUGUUUACUUUUUUUAUUGUGAGAUCUAGAUUCAGAAGAUAUAGGGCUAUUGCACUAGUCCAGUGAUGGUAAAUGUUUGGCUACCCAGCUGCUCUGAAUUGCCUUUACAGAUUUUCACUCACAGCAUGAUGGGAAAAGUAGUCCAUAACAGCUGGAGUGCCUUCCAAUGGGGAAACCUCACAGUACUGAUUCCACAGGAGUAAUUUGCUUCUGUCAUAAACCAGGCUUGCAUGCAUUUGUUUUCAUUUAUUGUGUUGUAUCUUUAUUGCUGUAGCAGACACAUCUUUAAAAUGUUAUUAAUUAAAUUAAAUGUUUCUAUUAAUGGGUAUAACUUUACAGCAGGUUGUAGAAACUAGUAACUCAACCGAACACAGUAGUGUUCUGUGAAUUGUUAAAGUGUAAUUUGCGUGAUUUCUUAAUUAACCAUGGGGAGCAAUACAGGCACAUGUGGGAAUAUUUUUUAUUAAAUUAUACAUUUUUAAUUAUAAUUGCACUUAUUUGAGAUGGAUCUCAUGCAGGAAAUAAAAAAAAAAAAAAACUUGAAAAAAAAUAAAAUUAUAGCUCUUUAUAAUAAUAAUACCCAUCGGUUCAAAGAUAUUAAUGCUUUAAUCAAUGUGUGCAUGCAGGAAGGCUAAGCAAUGAAAUACUAUAUAUAAAAUGAUAUCAUUCUAUUGCAAUAAAUCUACGGAUAAAAUAGAACUUCUCGUUAUAUUAACUGCCUCUGGUAAAAUUACUGAAAAAUAUCUCUUUUUAUGAUGACAUACAUUUCAGAUUAGAUUGAGAAUUAAAAAAGGGUAGCCUUGCAAUCUAUUUAGCCAAGUUGUCUUUAACGUUCUCUUGUUAUUGCUUUGAUCUUGUUGUCUGCGUUUGUCGUGAUGUCUCUUUUCCUGUCUACCAUUCUACCGUUUUGUGGUAUGAAAUAAAAUACUACUUAUGUCAUGUUUUGACAGAUGCCGCCGGCACAUUUGUUUGCAAUAUCCUCAGGGUUUGUUUGUUGUGUAGUAUAUUUAAAUCGUUCUAGUUGCUUAUAUAAACUAUCCAAAUGUUAUUACUAUUAUAAUUAUUUACGCUAUAUCAUAUCAUAUAUAUUUUUGUUUUGUCUGCAACCACAAGAAAAAUGUUGAAUUAUUUAUCAAGUGGUAAAGAAAAUAUCGAGAAUAGCAAUUUGUAUAAUUUGGGGUGCAUUUCAGUACCAAAGAAUUGAGGAUUUUGGAGAAGUUUAAAACCUCUUUGACAUCACUGUGCAACCAAGGCUGUUUAUAUUGUUGUGUUCUCAAUAUGUUCUUCACUCUUAUGCAGGGUACAGUGCCAGAGGACUCCUGACAACAUAAUUAGUACAGCAUGCUGUGAUUGUUAUGGCGCUUAAAAUAUCCCUUUAAUGUUAAAAAUAAAUGUGAACCAAUGUGAUUGUUCCUUAGGAGGUUUAUACUUAGGGCCGCCCCUUGUUUCAACCUUUUUUUUUUUUUUUUUUUAACAAAGUCAUUGAAAGAAAACUCUGGUUACCAUAGCAUUAUCAUCUAAAUAAAGUUGCUAUGGUGCCAGCAGGCACCUGGGCAUAUUCUUAUCUUAAGGGGUUAAACUGUAAAGAAACUUACCUUUUUUUUUUUUUUUUUAAAUCAAUGGGGGCGCUACUGAUUGGGUUAGCGAUCAAUCAGUGAUGCCCCUGCCCGGCGGCAGUCCGCGCUUGCUGUAACUGAGUUUUAGAAGUCAUAUGCCCUCUAGGGUGCCUAGAGAUUGGCGCUGGAGACAACUUUUGGGGUGAAACAGUUUGAGAACAGUUUAAUCCCUUAUGGUAAGAGUAUGCACAGCGGCCUCCUGGUACCAUAACAACUUAAUUUAGAUUAAGUUGUUAUAGUGACUGGAGUGUCCCUUUAAGUGUACUUGUAAUCCAGCACCAGAGACAGUCCGCUCACCAAGGUGUGAUGAUCCUGAUGAUAUCUGGUCCAAUUGAAUGCUCAUCAUAGAGAAAAACAUUGAGAACGUAUGACGCAUGUGGACAGUAGCCACGCAUCUCCAAUUAGAUGCUUCUUACCUGCAUUUGUCAUUUGUGCGUCAUGAUGCCAAAUGUAAAAAUUGUACAGAUUUGUAAAGAGGUGCCUAUCUGUCUGUAUUUCUCACAAAUGCCAAUGCUUUACUUUGGAAGAGGGAAAAAAAGCAAAGGAUUUAUUCACAACAUUAAGGUGUACCUCUUAAACAUUUAGAGUGCAUCAUUGAAAAAAAAUAAAGCUAUAUUAAAUGAAUAAUAUAUUGUCCAAGAUGAAAUUGUAUACAAACACUAUAUGCACAGGGCCGGAUUAACAUAGGGGCUGAUGGAGCUGCAGCUCCAGGCUCAGGCCCAUGGAAUAGGCCCAUUUGAAAAAAGAAUUUUUUUUUUACACACUACUCUUGGGUUUGCCACCUGACUGGUAUUUUACCAGCACAGCUGGUAUUUGAGGCUGCCUGGCCGUGCCGGUAUACAAAUGCAGAUAUUUCUCUCAGUAUAAACGGAGAUUACUCUGCAAUACUAACACCAGCCAGUAGGGGUCACUGUGUGGAGAGAUGCAGGGACAGGACGUUACAGCGUAUUCCUCCUGCCUCUCUCUACUCACUGAUCCGCGGGGAAGCAGCUACACAGCACAGAGAGUUCAGACAGCAGCUCCCAGUCUGCAGAGACUACAGCUCAGGGAAGUGAAGGAUGGGGGGGAAAGGCAGCAGGGAAACAUGGACACACUGAGACACUUGGGGAUGCUGAGACACAUGGGGAUGCUGUGAGACAUAGGGACAUUGUGAGACACAUUGGUACUUGGAGACACUAGGGACACAGUGUCUCCAUGUCUCCCAGCCAAUGUCCCUAGUGUCUCAGUGUGCCCAGUGUCCCCAUGUCUCCUAGUGUCUGUGUCCCCAUGCCUCCCAGGGUCCUCUAAUAUCUGUCUCCCAGUGUCCACAUGUCUCCCAGCCAAUGUCCCAAGUGUCUGUGUCCCCACGCUCCCAGUGUCCCUAGUGUCUCAGUGUCCCUAGGUCUCACAGUGUCCCCAAAUAUCUGUCUCACAGUGUCCAUAUGUCUCCCAGCCAGUAUCCCUAGUGUCUGUGUCCCCAUGUCUCCUAGUGUCCCCAAGUGUCUCAGUAUCCCCAUGCCUCCCAGCUAGUGUCCCUUGUGUCUGUGUCCCCAUAUCUCCCAGUGUCUCCAUGUCUCCCAGUGUCCCCAUGUCUGUAUCCACAAGUGCCCCCAUGUCUUCCAGUGUCCCCAAGUGUCUGUGUCCCCAUGUCUCUGUGUCCCCUAGUAUCCUAGUGACAUGGGGACUGGGCGACAUGGGGACACUGAUGCCAGGCUAGCCUUCCAAUUUUUUGGACAGACAUUCCCCCUUUUUGGGCAUGUUCGCCCCUUUUGGCAGUUCUGGUCACGUGAUUCGCGUCAGUGGCCCACCCUUUUACCCAGCCCCUUGACUUCCUGCUUCACUGGACACUGCUAUUAGGGGGUAUGGAUUUACUUGAAAGAUGGAAGCAUAAAUUAGAAAGAGAUUAGCAUAGAGCAUGUGUUUUCUUAUAGCUGCAUCCUUUGAGUUUCCCUCCAACACCAUCAUCUCCAUCAGAUACAUGACGCUUGGGAGGUAGUACUGUUUGUGUUUUUGGUCGAUAAGAUUCUGUAAUUAGGCCCCAUCAUAAUUGUCAGCACCAGGCCCACUGGGCUCUUAAUCUGGAUAUAUAUAUAUUUUCCUCAGAUGACCCUUAAUGAAAAGAUCUUGAAAAGAAAGCCAAAUUCCUUUCCAAAAUGUAACAUUGGCUUUUUUUUUUUACAGAUUAAAAAUAAUAAUUCAAGGUAACAAAGUCAUAUACCGAAAUGAAAACAAUAGCAGUCUGCAUAGACCAAUGGUUGUGUUGUAUCAAACCAAAAAAAUGACUGCCUUGGAAAGAUUUAUUUAGAUAAAUGAUAACCGAAUAUGGAAGUAUUACGUCAAUUAACCCCUUAAGACCGGAGGGCGUACAAUUACGCCCUAUUUUAGGUGGCGCUAAACGCCGUCGGGCGUAAUUGUACGCCCUCCGGUCUUUAUUUACCCGGUCGCCGGCGGUCCCACACCGGCAAUCGCGGUGGGGGGAUCCACAGGGAGCCCCCCCCCGGCCAUGUGAGAGUGAGGUCGUUGCGAGGACCUCACAAUCACAUGGCGGGGAUAGCUGGCUGCAGCAUUGACAGCAGGGGGGCUGCCUGUAAUGACUGGCUGAAAAUAAAAAUAAAAUAAAUUUAAAAGUGUAAAAAAUAAAAUAAAAAUAAAAAUGUAUACUUAGAUCAUAUAUAUAUAUGAUCUCUCUCUCUCUCUCUCUCUCUCUCUCUCUCUCUCUAUAAUAUAUACACACUGUCUAGGUGUAUUUUACUAUUAAUAUGUAUAUAAUUAUAUAUAUAUAUAUAUAUAUUAAUAUCAAAUUACACGUAGACUGAUACUGAUUAAAUAUAUAUAUAAUUGUUAUUUAAUUUUUUAUAUUAUAUAUAAAUAUAUAUAUGUAAAUACGUUAAAUAAAAUUAAAAAAAUAAUUAAAAAAUAUAUAGAUGUGUGUUAUUUCGUUCUAACUGUAUUGUGAUAUUAAUAUAUAUAUAUUUAUAUCAAAAUACACGUAGAACGAAAUAAUAUAUAUAUCUACAUACAUAAAUAUAUACGUAUAUAUCACUAUAUAUAUACCUAUAUAUAAAUAAAAAUAUUUUGAAAAAAAUUAUAUAUAUAUAUAUAAAUACACAUAUAGAUUCACAUACGUGUGUGUGUGUGUAUAUAUAUAUAUAUAUAUAUAUAUAUAUAUAUAUAUAUAUAUAUAUAUAUAUAUAUUAAUUCUACAUAUAUAUUUAUGUAAUAUUUUUACAUAAUUAGGUAUCUUAAUUAAUUACAAUUAGCGGGACCUGCCUGACAGUAAAAGUGACUUUUUUUGCCUUUUUCAUGCACAAACAGCACUUACACGGACGAUAUUAUUGCUGUAAUACUUUUUACGUUCAGCGAAGUCUCCCGAGUACAACAGUACCCCUCAUGUACAGGUUUUAUGGUGUUUUCAAAAGUUACAGCGUCAAAUAUAAGGCUUGCGUUUCAUUUUUUUCACAUUAAAAUUCGCCAGAUUGGUUACGAUGCCUUUAAGACCAUAUGGUAGCCCAAGAAUUAAAAUUACCCCUAUGAUGGCAUACUAUUUGCAAUAGUAGACAACCCAAGGUAUUGCAAGCAGGGUAUGUCCAGUCUUUUUUAGUAGCCACUUAGUCACAAACACUGGCCAAAAUUGGCGUUUUUUGCAUUUUUCACACAAACAAAUACUAACGCUAACUUUGGCAAGUGUUUGUGACCAAAUGGCUACUAAAAAAGACUGGACAUACCCCAUUUGCAAUACCUUGGGUUGUCUACUAUUGCAAAUGGUAUGUCAUUAUGGGUGUAAAUUUCAUUCCUGGCUACUAUAAAGUCCCAAAGGCAAUGUAACCAAUCUGGCGAAUUUCAAUUUCAAAUGUAACGUGCUAUAUUUGACCCUGUAACUUCCCAAAACGCCAUAAAACCUGUACAUAGGGGGUACUGUUUUACACGUGAGACUUUGCUGAAUACAAAUAUGUGCAUUUUAUUGCAGUAAAAGCAAACAUUAUUAUGACAUUGACAGUUAAAAUGUCACGUAGAACUAAAAAAAUCAAACAAAAUCUUAUUUUCUCCCAUUUUUUUCAUAUUAAAUUAUGUUUCAUAGCUAAAUAUUUGAUAUUAAAUGAAAGCCCUGUUUCCCCUGAAUAAAAUGAUAUAUAAUAAGUGUGGGUGCAUUUAAUAUGAAAGAGUUGAAUUACGGUUGGACAGACAUGUAGCGCAAAUGCCAGGUUUUGUUUACAUUUUGUUUUGUUUACAACGUGUACAUUUGGCUCCGUCUUUAAGGGGUUAAGUUUCAUGUAAACAAUUGUGAGUUGGGUGAUAAUUUGAGGCGAUAGUACUUCAAUGGAAUUGUGUGUGUGUGUGUGUGUGUGUGUGUGUAUAUAUAUAUAUAUAUAUAUAUAUAUGCAGUGGUGUAUCCUGGUUUUGUGCUGCCCUAGGCAUGACAAAACUCAGGCGCGCCACCCCACCCUGCCCCGCCUUCUAAAUACACACACAUUCACUGACACACGCAUACACUAGCUAACAGACAUACACACUCACUAACAGACAGUCACUAGCAGACACACACAUUCACUAACAGACACGCAUACAGACACACACAUAGUAACACACUCCCUAACAGACACACUCCCUGACAUACACACACUGACUAACAGACACACACUCACACGCACUAACACACACACACACUAACAGACACAUACUCACAUUAACACACUCACUUUUUUUUAUUUUUCAAUUCAACCCACCCAGCCUCCUUACCUUUGGGAAUGCUGGGGGGGAAUAUUCUCCCUUUCCCUGGGGUCCAGUGGCUGCUGGGAGGGCAGUGCUGGCGAGGGAGCACUGAUUAGUGAGCUCUCUGCUCAGCUCCCUCGCGAGCCGUGGAGUGAUGCUGGGAGCCGGAAUAUAACGUCAUAUUCCGGCUCCCGGCAUCGCUCUGUGGCUCGCCCGCCCAGCAGCCCUCCCCGGAUUUUUAGUUAGCCGCAAGGCCAACAAGACAUUUGCCCUGGGCAUUUGGGGGCAGGUUUUUUGUUUGCCUCGCGGCUAAUACGUCCCUGUAUAUAUGUAUAUGUGUGUGUGUGUAUAUAUAUAUACACACUGGGUAAGUUAAGGGAAUAUUGAGGGUAUAUAUUCUUAUGGAUUUGAUUUGCAAGCUCAUCCUGAUGAAAGUCUGUGAUACAGACUGCAACGUUGAUUUUUAUUUUGAGCUAAUAAAAGCUAAGUUUUAUUAAUUCAACUUGGAAGUCCCUGGAGUGCUAUCUUGUACUUUUGGCUGUAUCUGUUUGCUGAUAAGCACCGGGCAAGUACAUCAAGGAAGGUGGAGUGCAUUACUAUUUUUGUUUUAUAUAUACACACAUAUUUAUUUUCAAUCCAUGAUAGGCUGCUGAUAGCCUCAUUGCGCAUCCUCAAGAAACGUAGCCUUUUUAAUACAGAAACUGGACAACUUUGUCCUUGCUUAUUUAGCCAAGUCACUUAUUUUAACAUACAUUUUAACUUUUGUAAAUAAUUAUAUUUAUUUUUGUCAAAUGUUUCUUUUUUUUUAGUUUUAAUUAUACCCCAAUUUAUAAAAAACAAAAACAAAAAAACAACUUGUACUCCUGGGACAAGUCAGACUCUGAACCUGAUUUGCCCAAGAUGAAAUCCUCAAUCACGGUGAUCUCUGGUCCAAUUAGAUGAUUCUUCUAGUGCAUCUUUAAGGACCUGUGGCCCAUGGUGGUUCCCACAGUCGGCCAAUCUAAUGAUUCUUGUAGAAAACUGUGGAACACAAUGAUUCUCUUUCCACGUUGAGCAACAUCAUGCUGCGCGGACAGCCACUAACAGUGUGUUUUCAUUCAAUUGUAGCAGAAGAAAACUUUAGCAGUUCCCAUUAAAAGGAUUAUUCGCUUAUAUCUCUCUCUCUCUCUCUCUCUCAGUUGCCACCAGGGCCUGAAACCCCUGCUAAUCUGAGGCAGCACUGCUCCCAUUGCUGCUCUUAAAGUAAAAGCUCCGUUUAACGCCUACAUUAAUCACGAUCACUACACAAUACCACUUAUAGUGGCCUCCAUUUUAAGAUUUUUGAUAAGCGUUUCUACUGAUUUAAUAUUUUUAGAUAAACUUUUAAAGUAUUUUUUUUUUUAAUAUAAAUAAUUAUACCGUGCAUGAAAAAUAUCAAAAUAUUUUCCAAAAUAUGAAAUUAUUUUAAAACUUUAUCUAAAAUUAUUAAAUAAAUUGAAAAAUUUAUCCCAAAAUAUUAAAUAGAGGCCAAUAUUACCAAUCACAUAAUAAAGUAAUUUCUUUUUAAAAUUAGCAUUUCUGUUAGAGUUUUGCUUAUUGGCGCCUUCCGUUUAAAAAAUAAAUUAGUAAGUAAAGUAAAAAAAUUUGAUUUUAAACUCCCCUUCAUUCUAGUACUUGGAUAGUUUUCCCGGAGCAGAUUCUCUGUCUCAUGUGACGUCAUCAGUUAUGAUUACUUUUGUUCCACCCAGUGUUUUACCUAAAAAAGCAGUGGGAACAUAGGGCUCACCCAUGGCAAUUAUCUGGAUUUGCCAGUCACUGGAGGGAUAGUUUCAGACAAAUGUAAAAAUUGAUGUUUCCCUGAAAGGAAAAUGGUUUUGGUGCACAGACCAUGAUCUAUUUAAAAAAAAAUAUAUAUUAAUAUUAUUGUUAUUAUUUUUAUAUAGCGUCAACAAAUUCCGCAGCUCUUUACAAUGUGUGGACUAACAAACGUAAUUGUAACCAUACAAGUUGGACGCACAGGAACAAAGGGGUUGAGGUUCCUUCUCAAAGAGCUUACAUUCUAGAGGGAGUGGGGUAAGGAUGGUAUUAUGGAAGUAGAUUGGUAGAAUAGUAUUCACUGAAGACAGUGUUUUUUUUUUUUUUUGUUUUUUUUUUUACAGUUGCAGGAGAGGAAUCAGUUGGGAGCUAUUAACAGUUGAAUUGAUAUGCUUUCAUGAAAUAGUGAUUUUUUUUUUUUAAAACGAUUUUUGAAGGAGUAGAUAUUGGGUGAGCAUCUAACUGAGGAGGGAAGGGAGUUCCACAGGAACAGUGCAGCCCUAGACAAGUCUUGAAGGCGAGCAUCAGAGGUGGGAGUACGAACGUGUAGAGUCUUCUGAAAGAAUCCUAUAAGUUUAUUUAGCCAUUAUGUUUAUGCAAAAUAAAUUCUGAAAAUGGGAUGCACUUGUAAAAAAUAUUGCAUAACAUAAGACUUAUUUAUUUAUCUUAUACUAUAUGCUUGGACUCUAUGUUUAUCUUAUACUAAAGCUUGGACCCUUGGGGAGUGUGAGAAACCAACGAUUUUCAGAAAAACAGUACCCUCCCUUUUGAGUUUUAAAAAAUAAUGAAAAGGGAAUUUACUUUUUUCACUCACAGAGAAGCAUUGGGGACAAGAUGCUCAUGCUGCCCACAUGCAAUCAAAUACAUCUCUUAUGACCGUCAUGAACUGGGGUUUGACGUCGAACGUCACAUGACAAUGUCAAACUCUGUUAUAUGUGUGGAAGCCUCUCUAGUGGCUGUCAGGAAGACAGCCACUAGAGGCAUGAUUACCUUACAAUGAAAACAAUGCCAUAUCUAUAAAAUGCUGUAGUGGUCUGGGUUCCUUUUAAUUCUUCUUUAUAGGAACAAUAUAGUGCUGGAAUGCAGCAUUAGAUCCAUGGCCCCUUCUCUCCGGAGAUUAGAGAUGUUUUUACUCCCUUUUUCUCUCAAGUUGUGCCGGUCUUGCCACAGCUGGCCCCUCCUGGGUCCAAUUUUGACGAUCUCAACCAAUCCAAUGCUUUUGUAUUGAAAUACAACAAAAUGUCAUAGAGAUGCGUUGAAUCAAUGCAUAUCUAUGGGGAACGUUCAGCGCCUCCAUGCAUACACAGGAAGCAACUCUAGUGGCUGGCUUAGUGCCUGACACCAGAAGUGUAACUAGCCAGCAAUGUAAACGCUGCCUUUUCUCUGAAAAGGGAGAGUUUACAGUGCUAAGGCUGCAGGGACAGGCUAUAGGCACCAGAACCACUACAUUAAGCUGUCGUGGUUCUGGUGACUAUAGUGUCUCUUUACGAUGCAUGUUUUUAUUUUUUAUUCUUAAUAUCCUCACACAUGUUCAGGUACUGUUUCUGGUGGACCGCUAAAGGCAGUUAGAUUCCAAUAUUGAAAGUACUAAAAUGUUAAAGUGAUAUACAUUUAAGCUUUUGAAUAUGUGAUGAUUACGACAAGUACAGUGAACUCUAUAUUGCACUUAUUUACCAAUCUCCAUAACCACAGUCACCCCUCUCCCUUUUUAUACUAGACUACACCAAUAAAAUGUAUGAAAUACUAUUAAACAUAUCAGAGCAGAAACAUAGGCUUGAAUUCAGGAAGAAAAACAGUUUACCUAAGUGAAGUUGGAAAAGUUUUGGUGUGUUGCUAUAGAGAACAGUUUUGGAAUGUUUCUGUAGUCAGUACUGAUUGAUGGGAGAGUUCUGUGUUUUCAAUACAGUUAGUUCAUCAGCAACAUUUAGAAAGAAAAUCCAUGAGAAUUAAUGUUAUCAAAUAAUACGAAGAUUGCACUUUACUAAAAUAUUUUUGUGAUGGGAAAAUAGAUGUUAGAUGUAAACGGACAUUAAUAAACUGCAUAAUUAUUGCAGGGUGAUAUGGAAAUGUUUUUUUAAGAAUAUUAGCAUAAAGUAUUGCUAUGCCAUUUUUUAGAUAAGGUUAUCUAACGUAAACCUUCUCAUAACCGCACAAAUCUCUCAAUGCUAAUCACAAAUCUCAAUGUGAACAUGAAUUUGUAAAGUUGUACUGUAAUUUGUUUCUUUGAAUUGCUCUGUAAUGACUCUGUAAUGACUUUCCUUUUUGUUUCCAUGUUUGUUACAUAUAUUGGUCUGAUGCAGUAAAACUAGAGAUUACCAGUAAUCCUCAAUAAAUCUAAAAACAUUUUUUGUAUCUCUUUUUCGACCUAAAUCAUGUAAAAACUUUCGCUGUCUCCAGUGCUGCCAUCAGGGCAUGACAACCAUAACGGUUGUAAUGGGUCUGGACUGCUCGGGGAGUCCUGUGCCCCACAUGCACAUAUAUAUAGCGAUGAUUGAUAUAUAUAUAUAUAUAUAUAUAUAUAUAUAUAUAUAUAUAUAUAUAUGUGCAUCUUUGGACUGCCUGGCUACCUGUACAUCCUCACUUCCCAGCUGCUCUGCUCUAAGUCUUGCGAGCCAUGCUGAGCAUUGCCAUGGCAACCCGCGGCAAUGCUCUGAUGACCGCAAGACUAAGUCUGUGUAGACUGCGAGACGAAGUCUCGCGAGCGCCGCGUUUGUCAGAAAGUUGCCACGGUUUACCAUGGCAACACGCUCUGCGGCUCACAAGACUUAGAGCAGAGCAGCUGGGAAGUAUGGAUGGACUGUGCUGUACAGGUAGCCGGGGGCCCACAGCAUGCCACCAGACCACCAGGGAAUGUGACCUUCCCCCUCCCUGGCAGGGGUGGGCUGGGACUGGGGGCAGGGAGGCAUUUGACCCCCAGGCCUAAGGCUGCCAGCUCUCCCUUGUAUAGAUGUCAUCUUGCCCUGAUCCACUGCCCCCAAUGUAAGAAGGUUUGACAACUUACAUGGGUUCUCCAGUCACCCCUCACUUCCUCAGUUGAGAACUGGAAACUCCUGUGCUGGACCAGGUCACUCACUGAGUGUCAGAUUAUCACUCUUAGCCUAUGAGCUAAGCCGGGUUUAGCUCAAUAUGGAGAACUUCUUUUUUUCACGGAGGAGGUAACUGGUCCACGGCAGUUUCACUACUUUCUCACUCUGAGGGAAAAUGCAGAAAUAUUAAUCCCACUGUGACUUUUUUUAUUGCUUCUUACAUUUUUCUUUUUAUACGCGACUGCGACAAAAUUCUUUAAUAAUUAGAUCGCUUUAAAACUGUGGUGGAGCUGUCACUUUCUACAUACCUGCAGGUAUUAAUUGCAUGGCACGCUUCUCACACUGACAAUUUAGACAUGUCCCCCCAAUAUGUUUAUGAAAAAUGUACACCAACACAAAAAUGUUACACUACACUUAAACGUAAACCUGAUUACAGAACGAAUUAGCAGUAGAUUCCCUUAAUAGUUUUUUUUUUUUUUUAAGUUAUAGCCUACUCAACAGAAUGCUUUUGUGUUUUACUUAAUGUGCUUCACGCUUCACCAUGGGAAGUACUACACAGGGCAGGUUAACCUUCAAUAUAUUUCACAUUUCAAGAAAAUAUGGCAAAUAAAAGGCCUGUUCAGUUAUUGUUAAGUUGGGUCAUGCUGUAUGCAGCAGUCUUAAAAUAACAUUGAUUUUUCCCAACAGGCAUCAAAAUUCAAUGAAACUAAUGCAUUUUAUUCAGCUUAAGACACUUUUUCAAGAUCAAAAGGUAUGGAUAGUCUUAAAAUCCAUUGCUCCAAAAGAGAACAGGGAUACGUUGGAAACUGUUGCCUUUAUGAACUCUUUGUAAUAGUAUUUUUUUCUCUUUCUCAAUUUUGUGCUGACUCCUGCCUAUUCCAUUGGACCCGCGUAAUGUUUAAAAAGAGUACUCCAGUGAACUCAUCAGAAAUGAUGACUUCUUGCCAAUCCAGUGCUUUUCCUUGGGGACAUAUGGCGCAUGUUCUCAGGCAAAGUAGUGAAUCCAUUUUUGAAGAACUUUACUCUUCACUAUGACGGCCAGUGCAGGUGUGUUCUCUGUCAAAUGUAAACCUUACCAUUUCUUGGAAAUUGUAGUGUUUCACGCUGUCCUAUAAAUAUGGACAUCAUCUAUGCAGCAAAACCACAUCAUUAAGUUGAUGCUUAGCUUGAUGACAUUAGAUUUUUACAGCUUUUAAGUAGGAAGUCUUCUUAAGACAUUUGGAAAUUGAAGUUUGGACAAUCAAUUCUGUCCAGAUAGAAAUGGAAUUUAUAUAUUUAAUUUUGUAAGUGGAACUUUAGCUAUAGUUGGAGAGGGUACGGUGGCAGGCACCCAUGGAACCCAGUUAAGUGCCAAACCAUUUAAAAACAGACCACUGAGGUUGUAUGGCUCAGAUUUACCCUUCAAUAAAGGCUGUCUUAUAGGGAUAACUGUGCCAAUAUCAUUCCUUUCUGAACAUGAAGUACAGACUCCAUACAUGUGCUGACACAGGUACUCAAAACAGUCAAUCCUAAGGCAAGAAUAAUCAGGCUUGCCACCCACUGUAUUUAGAGGUAUUGUCAAGGUUGCCAGCCUUGACAAACUUUAUGAAAGCACUGAUGAUUUUCUGAAGCACUAGAGCAGGCAUAGGCAACCUUCGGCACUCCGGAUGUUUUGAACUUAACCUCCCAUGAUGCCUUGCCAGCAUUAUGCACGUAAGAGAAUUAUUGGGGAUGUAGUUCAAAACAUCUGGAGUGCUGAAGGAUGCCUACCCCUGCACUAAAGUCUGUUUUCAACUGCAUGGUUAAAAGUGGGGACACAUGGCACCCAGACUACUUCAUUGAGAUGAAGUGGUCUGGGUACUUAUAGUGUUCUUUUUAAGUAUAAAUCAUGUUAGUAUAACAAAACUAUAACUUGUACAAGCAGAUGAAAAAAUCAGUCUAGCAUUAUACAAUACGAAUGCAAAUAGUGUGAAAUUAUGGAAGAACCUAAAGCUAACUAAAUCAGUAAUGUCAAAAUAUAUUAUAUGAUAUGCAGAACAAAGGAAUUCAAGUGUAACAAGCUUGUUAUACAAAUCUAUAUAGGCAGUCGGUUACUCCCAUGUAUUUAUUGACACCACACGUUUACUAUUAAAAGCCAGUUCUAAGGUGGAAUUUUGCACUUGCUCAUAGCAACACUGGAGGGUAUGAAACCAGUGGGGGGGGAGUGCCAUACAAAUAAAAGAUUGUGUGGCAUUGGUGAAGAAUGACUGCCAUAAAGGGGUUUCCCAAUGCUUGGAGAUAUGAGUGCACCAAAAGUUAGAGGUUUGUAUCCUUUACACACUUUGAGUGAAACUGGGACAGCUCUGCACACCAGUCAAACUUGGCUCUCAUUCAACAAUGAGCAAGAUCUUACUGUGGGAUUGCUUUGCCCUUCAACAGCGUAUACAUAUGUUUAACUAUACAGUUGCUUUUUGGGGUCCUUUUUAGUGUCCCUAGAGGUACACGAGAGGAAACUAGAAUUGGGAAUGGAUACUUACUUUUUGUAACUUUUUCUCUGGUAUUCCAAGAAGCAAGACACAAGGGAAAAAAUGUGACAAAGUUCAUAAAAAUGUGAUGUUUUUUAGUGGCUAUACUCUUUGGUCUGUUCGGUUGUACUGUGAUAUACAAUAUCUUAAACUGGAUGUAGACUUUUGAGGACCAAAAUAUCUCAAGGAAUUUAAACUUAAAGGGACACUAUAGGCAUCGAGACCACUUCAGGUCAUUGAAGUGGUCUGGGUACUGUGUUCCUAUUGCACUUAGUGCUACAAUGUAAAACAGUGCCAUACCUCCUUCUUUAUUCAAUCAAUAAUUAAAGUACUGCACUAUAUUUUAUUUUUUUAUCCUCUCUUUUCGUUUCUUACUGACCUGGAUCUGAAGACUCUUUCAAUGCGCUGCUCACUUCCACCUGCAUACUUUUCUCAUAGGUUGAUUUUUUUUUUUUCCUUAUUACCUUUCUGACUUUUUAGCAGUUAUGUCAAGAAUCCCAUAUGCGUUGCUAAAUAAAUGUAUUUAUGCAUUUUAUUAUAAUAUAGUUUAUCACUUGGUUGAAAAAAUAUAUAUAUAAUAAAAUGAAAGCAAAUCUAAAAUAAUUUUUCACCAUACUCCUCACCAAUAGUAAAAUCUGACGAAAGGGGAAGCUGUGUAAUCUAAACAUAAGGCAAAAUGUGUCUAGAGAUUUUUUUUUUUGUACACGCUCUCAUUCUUUGUUUUGAAAUUCAAUGACGUUAAAGAAAAAUAGCUGAUUGAUGUAUUUUGCUUUAAUCCCUUGUUCUUUACAUAACCAUAUGAUUAGUACAAUUUUCUGAGCCCUGAUCAUGUUCAGUGUUCUAGAAAAUAUUUGUCUCUGUAUGUUUGAUUUGUUUAUAUCCAUGAAUUGUAUCUGCUAAUAUCCAAAUGUAUUGAUUCUGUAUACAAAGCCAGGUGUUGAUCCCAAAUUUUCAUAUUUGAGACAAGGCAAUUUUGGGCUUUUGAAAAGUAAGCCAUGUUGGCCAGAGAUUUUUAGUAUUGUGGGAAUUUUUCAGAAGCAGGAUUGAGAACAAAUUUCAUGGAUUUUUUUUUUGUUCAGCACUUCCUAGGCAAUUAAAUGUCCUAAAUAAAUAAAUGGGUCUACUGGUUGAAAUAAAAUAAAUAAAAAACCUUAUAACAAGGAGAUAAUGGGAUUUUUAAAUACCUUAAAUAUUGCAACUAUGCUUACAGUUGGAAAGCAAAAAAUAAUCUCUAAACUUGAUCAGCUGUGAGACCCAAGCUUUGAACUAUCCUCUGUAAUCUUGCACUACAAUUUUUAAAUUUGGAUUUUUUUAAAUUUUUUUAUUUAAAAUAUACCUAUGCUCUCGCCCCAGUUUUCCAACACUGAAAGGAAUCCAUGGACUUCCGUACAAGAAAUAUACACAAAAAAUGGAAAUGCCAGAUAUAUCAGCCAGUCUUGUUUCCGUUAAUUUUAUGCAUGUGCAUCUUGUUUGUUCAUGUGAUUUUUUCCAUCCAUGGUUAAAUGAGAUGCGCAAGUGCUUUUUAUUUGUGCUUGUGGCUUUUGUGAAUAUUCUCAUAGAACCGACUAUUUGCUUUCCUUACUUUUGGAGAUGGAAUACAAGGUGGGGUCUGUUUAUUUAGUUGCAUUUUAUUCUCUUCUUUUCUUUCUAUAUUUUUUAAGGUAUCUGGAAAAGGAAAUAUGCAGAGCAGCCAAGUGCAUCCUGGUGUCUAGAUAGUCCUCUAUAUUGCCUACCUCAUAGAUAAUUGAAAUUGGCACUAAAUAUAUCAAUUGCUGCAAAAGAAAAUACGUUCUAAAUCAUUUCAUAUUUUGAAGGGGAAGUAGAGGUGGAUCGAACCUGGCAAAAAAAAAAAAAAUUUUAAAUUACAUUGUUCCAAUAGUUUUUCAAUACUACCAAUAUUUGUUGGCCUGUACUCUGGAACUCUCAGUGGUCAACAUAUUUAGUACUGUAAUUUGCAAUAUAUUUGCAGUCGUGUAGUCAUGGUGUAAGCGUUUUCUGUUCUAGCUAGAAAAUCGCUUCCAGACUAUUAGUAGAAAGGCACAGCAGAGGAUCAUCUUGCUUUGUUUGUCGAGAAGCUGCAAUAGCAUCUGUUGUGGCUUCCUACAACCACAAGAAGAAAACAGGAAGUCUUUUUACAUGAUGGAAAAUAAUGGUCCACAGAACUAAUAACAGCGAGUUAUUGUCUUUAAAUGGAGAUAAUUAAGUUACAUUAAAGGGACAGUGGAGAACAAUCAUUAUCCUAGGAAUUAGUCAACCAAACCUUGGUUUGCUUGAAUUGCUUCACUGUCAAUGGAUCAUUGUAAUUGUGAAAUGUUAUUUCACAUAGAAAUGCUGUCCUUUUGCAUACCAUGCUCAUUAAAGGAAAAGGUUAUUUUCCUUUAUAGUCUUGAUGUGGACUAUUUUGUAAUGAAGGCGUGCAUAUGUGCUUUAAAAUAAAUAUAUAUUUUAAAUGCAUCCCCUGGCUUACUCUUGCUCUACGGUGGAACUCCGCUCUAAAUCUUCUUUGGCAUAUGUGACCAGAAACUGAAGGGCUGGCUAUUGUUCGCUCUGUCCAAAAACAAUAUAUUGCCCUUCCUUCAUAACUUAACAAAAUUCUACCUCAUGAGAACUCACAAUGCACGUCCCACACGAGUCGCUUGAAAUGUGGAUGUUUUAUGGUGUCUUGAAUGAAGAAAUCCUCUGUUAGACAACUUGAGCAUGAUAACCAAUAACACCCAUGGUGACUAAAACUCAGUUCACUUUUAGGAACCAUUUUUGUUAAUUAAAUUGUGCUACACCUCAAUGCUGUCAAGGCAUAGCCUGGGAUACUAUUUAAAUUAUAGUAAUUCUAUGUUGCUAUGCUAGUAAUCCUGCAAGAAUGCUUUCAGAAAUAUAGCAUCAUGGAAGCAAUGCCAGAGAGAGUACACAUGUUUAAGGUAUGUUGAAGGACGAUGCCCCAGUAUACAUGCACACAUGGAGAAGAUGACAUCAGUAUUGCUGGUAAAGCCUGUCUUGUGCUACCUCUACUGCACUUCCCAUCACAUUAAAACAGUUUUUCCUCAACCCAGGGAAUGGUAAUAACCUCCCCAGCAGUGGCGGCUCUAGACUUGGCGACGCCUUAGGCGAAACUCAUACAUGAGGCCCCCGCUAACACCAUUAUUGAAAAAAAAUAGCAGUUGACUUGUGUGUGUAUAAGAAGCUGUAGAUAUAUUGAAGAGGGAGCUUGCAGCACUGGAUAUAGAGAGCUAGUCACUGUAUACAUUGUUGCAUUGCCAGAGUGCGCAGAGUGGUGCUCGUGUGCGCGGGGAGUGACAACGUGUAUGGAGGGGGUGUCAUUGUGUGCGGAGAGUGGUGACAUUGUGUUUAGAGUGUGGUGACAUUGUGUUUAGAGAGUGGUGACAGUGUGUGAGAAGAGAGGUGACAGUGUGUGGGGAGGGUGACAGAGUGAAAGGUGGGGUGAGAGGGCGAGUGACAAGGUGAGAGGAGGUGACAGAGUAAGAGCGGGGUGACCCAGUAAGAGGGAGGUAACAGUGGGGUGACAGGAAUGAGAGGGGUGUGACAGUGUGAGGGUGGGUGACAUAGUAUGAGGGGGGUGACAGAGUGUGAGAGGGAGGUGACAAAUAAGAGGGGGUGACUGGGUGAAAGUGGGGUGACAGAGUAAAAGGGGGUGACAGUGUAAUGGGGUGACAAAGUAAGAGGGAGGGUGACAGUCUGAGGGGGGUAACAUAGUGUGGGAAGGUGACAGGGUCAUAGGGGGUAACAUAGUGUUAGGGUGGUGAAAGAGUAAGGGGGGGUUACUGGGUGAGGUGGGGUGACAGGGUGAGAAGGGGGGUGACAUAGUGUGUGGGGAGUGACAGGGUGAGAUGACCAUAAGGGUGCGUGACAGGGUGAGAGGGGGUAACAAAAUAAGGGGAUUAUGAGGUUAGAGGGGGUGACAGGGUGAGGGGAGGUGGUGACAGGGUGAGUGUCAUAAUGUUAGUGGGGUGGCAGGGUAAAGGGGGUGACAAGGUGGUAACAGAGUAAGAGGGGGUGACAGAGUGGUGACAGGGGGUAACGGGGGGGUCAUAGUGCUAGUCGGGUGAGAGGUGGGGUGAGAGGGGGUGACAGGGUGAGUGACAGGAUGUGAAGGGGGGUGUCAUAGUGUAAGUGGGGUGACAGGGUGAUGGGGGGUUGAAAUUUAUCUUUUUUGUUUUUUGCAGGAUUCCCUGGUGGUCCAGAGGGUUUUCUGGUCUGCAGCUCCGCCGGAUGCAGAGCCGCAGACCACAUGGUGAAUGUCUCGCGAUCUCCAGUCAGAGCUCUGAUUGGCUGGAGAUCGAGAGACACUUCAGUCUGCAGCUCACACCCAGCGGAGCUGCAGACUGAGGCUGGCUCUCUCCCCGGGCGGACUGACAGGAGGGGCCUUACACCCGGCAGCAUAAUGGGUUAGCCGCCGGGCCCCCUCCUGUGUCUGGUCAGCCUUAGGCGGCCGCCUAAAUCGCCUAAUUAGAAAGGCGCCUCUGCUCCCCAGCUCAAAGGCCAUAUUUACCAGGAAAUAUAGAGUGAAAUAUCUCCCAGAAAUGAUUUUCAGUUUUCAGAUUAAAGGAGCACUCCAAUCACUAUAACCACUACAUCAUGCUCCCAUUAGUUAAUCCUUGCAGUACAGGACUGGCUCGUUGACUGAGAACAUCAGCAAUGCACUCUCAGUAAAUGAGCUAAGCCGUGCCUUCCUGGGCUUACUACGGUAUUUCAGAGAAGGUGGCUGGUGCUCUGCAGACCUCUGACAAGUUGUCAAAUCAAUUGCAAACUGUUUACUUAUCCUGGGAUGGCGAUAGGGUACUUCAGGGUCUGUAACCACUACAGCGUGAUCAUGCUGCUUGGAGUUAUAAACCCUCUUUAGGAACUUUUUCCUAUAAAAGCUCUAUUUUAUUUGCUGUUCUUCUUGAGCUUUUUUUCUUUUUUGUAUUGUGUUUUAACAUGGUGGAAGGGAUUGUGUUAACAUAAAAUAGAUAUAGAAAUCCAAAGACACAUGAUGCUAUGGGAAAUCUACAUAUUGUCUGUACUGCAUACAUCUGCAAAGCUAAUAAAGGAUUAAAUAAAGGCUCUUAAAAUAUCUUCUAGCACCUAUUGAACAAUCGUUUUAUUUAUAGUUAUGUGGUAGAAUCUUCAGUCAUGGUUCCAUAAAAGAGAUGACCAUAUUAAGGGAUGCAUGCAUUUUCUAUUUUAUGUGGUUUUAAAAUGCAAUAAAACAGAGGGAUUAAAGAAAGGAAGAACAUUUAAAACAUUAAGAAAAGUAGGGCUUGUUUUGUUUAUUUUGAGUGUUUAAGUAAUGUUCAUGGUAAAACCAGCACUCUGGUAUGUUAAGUCUAGGGUAAUGGUUUCAACUAGUGUGCCAUAAAUACAUUGACUUCAGGACUGCAAUAGGACACAUGCAGACCUUUAAAGGGACACGAGUCACUAGAACAACUACAGCUUAAUGUCGCUGUUCUGGUGAAUAAAGUCAGUCCCUGCAAGUUCUUUGUUGUAAACACUGACUUUUCAGUCAGGGACACUUACAGUGUCCACUUCUCCUCUGCAUGUAGAUACUGAACUUUCCUCUUAGAGAUGCAUUGAUUCGAAGCAUCUUUGUGAGGAGAUGCUGAUUGGCCAGGGAGGCGUUUGUCUCUGCCCCCCGGCCCGCCUUCUUUGCUGAGAUCAUCAGAAUUCACAAUCUUAUCCAAUCCAAUACUUUACUAUGGGGAAGCAUUGUGAUUGACUGAGAUCAUCACUUAAUGUCAGCGAAGGAGGCAGAUCAGGGGCAGAGCCAGCACCAGCAGGCUGAAAUAAAGAUUUUACUAUAUUUAGGGGGGAAAGUGGGACUAGAUAGCGUUUUUAACAUUGUAGGGUCAGGAAUACAUGUUUGUGUUCCUGACCCUAUAGUGUUGCUUUAAAUGUUUUUAUAUGAAAUAUUAAAUAAAAUUGAAUUCCCAUCUGGCAGGUAAUUCAAAUGCAUAAACCAAUUUGGCUAGAAGUUUGUGUUUAAAAAAAAUAAAAAAUUAAAAUAUUUUAUGACUUCAAGUAAAUUUGACAUUUAUAAGCUGGUGACUGUAAUUACAUUUUUCUUUCAUUAUAGUAUGCCCUCUUCCAAAGAUGAAUGGCAACCAAAAUUCUAUUGUCAUAAUGAAUCAAGUAUCACAUAAAAACAAACAAACAAAAAAAUAAAAGGAAACUUUGUUAUAUGUUUAUAUCUUGAUGUGAUGGGGCUUUUAUAUUCUGCUAUGUUACUAUACGAUAACAUGAAGCUUCAGUAGUCUGAUUGUGUAGCUAGAUAGGAUGCCCAUACAUUAUAUAGUAGCUAAUAUACCAUUACCUAGCCGAGGUACUUACUCCAAGCAUAUAUUUUGUUUUAUCACUUAUUAGCCUGUCCAAAGGCCGUGUCAACCAACAAAAAAAAUCUGUACUUAAUUUAAUUUCUAUCUUGUAGCGCCAAUAUUUUUGUUUUGUGCGUUGUUGCAACUCGUUAUUGUGUGGAUCCACUGGUACUAUUAUCUUGUACAAGUAGCCUGUAAUGAAGCCUAUACUGUGCCAGUUAAUCUAACAUCGUUUAGUGCAGAUUGUUACUCCAGGCAUAUAUUUUGUUUUGUCUAUUUACAAAAGUGGCAUGUUUACUCACACUGCGACUUUGACUGAAUAUUAAAGUUGUGCAUAACCUGUCACCAUGCGGACGCUAGCUAGUCCCCGUAUGCAUGUUGUCUCACUAUGACUCAUCUUGUCAAUGUCAUGGAUGUACCGCUAUAUUUCACAUUCAAUCUAUGCCACAAUAAAACAAAGAUUGACAAAAUAAACAUAUAUAGCAAUGUAAAAAAUGCAAAAGUUAUUAGUUAAUACAGAGAGAGGUAUUACUUUGCUUGUAUUCCAUACAAUUCCAUAUAUUCAAUGAAAUGUAGCCUCUUUUCUCUUAACAAAUGCACUGUAGUUACCCUGUACAAAAUGAUUGUAGCAUUAUGCUAACAACCAUAAUUAUGGAAUGAAACUGAUCAAAUUUGUGGUUCACUGCACCCGCUGGUAUUUUGGUUCGAAUUCUUUGUCACCUUCAUGUUAUGUAUUUUUAUUUAAUUUCCUUCUAUGUGUGUACAUAUAUAUAUAUAUAUAAUUUUAUUUUAUUUUUUUUAUUUUUUUCUGCGUUGAACAAAGUGACCUCAUUAUCAUCUCUUCAGAAGGGUACUGAGACAUUGUGUUCCCGAAUGUUCUUAUGAUAGUACAAUUCACAUGUGGGAAAUUAGUUGUAAAGCAAAUUUUGCACUGAUUGCUUCCUUUAAUUACAGGGGAUGGAAAGAGGAGCUAAAGGCCAGUUUGCCUCGUUCAGCAGUUUCAUUUCAACAAUAAACCAGAAAAAAGAAGCAUCCGGGAACAGAAGCUCACCUACACAACUUGUUAUACCCAACAACAAAAAUGGUAAAUACAGAUCUGUCAUGUACACAGCUGUUCCACGCAGGCAUGAUCGUGGUAUACUUGAUUAUACAGAACCGGAAUAAUUGUGUACUGCCUGAUGCAUUUAGUGGGGCUUAUUUACUAAACCAGGGAUUAUGGAGAAUUGAUAAGGAAAGUGCAAAUAGUAGGUCAAGUAGCUGAUAUGUUGUUCUAGGGCUGAGUGGGUAUGUUUCAGACUGUCCAGUAUACCAUUUCUCUUUGAUGAGCCCUUGUUACAAGCCAUUGCAUGGUGGCUGACCUAUGUGUUGACAUUUAUACAGAUACUCUGUGUUAAACAUAGAAACAUAGAAUGUGACGGCAGAUAAGAACCAUUCGGCCCAUCUAGUCUGCCCAAUUUUCUAAAUAAAAUGUGUUACACAUUUUAACCAAAAUUGUAUAAGGGCAUUGGAAUUAAGUGGUGGUUUGCAUGUGUUUAAAGGGGUACUAUAGUGUCAUGAAUACAAAGCUGUAUUCCUGGCACUAUAGCUCCGUCUGCCUCUCCCCUCCCUCGCGCCACCUCUCCCUGGUGAAUAAGGGGUUAAAAACCUUUUAUUUACAUACUGGAUCCCAGCGCCAGUGCCCUUCGGUUGCUGCUCCGCCUCUUCCGAUGUCACUUGACGAGGGGGGGCGCUAAUGCCCGGAGGACUCCACAUAGCUAAGCAUUAAAUCAAUGCUUUCCUAUGGGGAUAUAGCUGACGCUGGAUGUCCUCAUGAAGAGCCACUAGAGGCUGUUUUAGUUUCUCCAAACCUGCAAUGUUUUACAUUGCAGCAUUAAGUGCCAUAGGGACCCUGUGCCUAUACCACUUCAACAAGCUGAAGUAGUCUGGGUGCCCAAAGCGGCCCUUUAAAGGAACACUAUAGUCACCAAAACAACUUUAUUUUAUGAAGCAGUUUAGAUCAUGCCUCUGCAGUCUCACUGCUCAAUUAUCUGCCAUUUAUGAGUAAAAUCACUUGUAUUUCUGUUUAUACAGCCCUAGCCACACCUCCCCUGGCUGUGAAUGACACAGCUUGCAUGAAGAAUUUUUUUUUGUUUUUAUCUCAGUUCUGUAAAUUGAACUUUAAUCACACACAGGAGGCUCCUGCAGGGUCUAGAAGGCUAUUAGCAGAGCAGGAGAUAAGAAAUUCUAAACUAAAAAGAAUUUGCAAUAAAGGAAGUGUAUGUGACGGACUACCUUGCACCCCGACUGGGUACCUCUGUCAAGCUCGCUUUUUAGCUCUCCUCUGGGACACAGGAGUGCUUCAGACCCUUGCUGCCGCAGCAUGGCUUGUGUCUCAACGACGCUUACCGCCCUGAAACAGGGUCCUGGGUACAGCUUUAAGUGAUUAAGCUCUCCUGCAGAGAGUAUAGCUGGUUCACCCAUACACCAAUCCAGACUGAGUGAAGGGUGAAAAGGAACUGGUUUAUUAUGGAAAGUUGCCUGCUUAUAUACACAACCCCCAGCAGGGGGUCUCCAAAGAAUGCAAUACAAGUCCCUUCCAAAGAUCUCUGUAUCUGGGAGAAUGUCUGGUGCUUUUGCUGGUCAACCUUUUUUUGAGCUCCUGUGUCCGAAAUAAGGGGUAGCAUUUGUUUCCUUUAGUCUCAGACACCUUCCCUCCAAAAAGCGUUUUCCUGGCGGGUCGCGCAAAGUUGUUCAAAACCCUGGACCAAGUUGUCUGAGAACCUCAAGGUCACCUCAUGCCGAAAACAGUUCCAUAACAAUCCCGACUAAGUACCACUGAGGUGAACGGGGAACCACAAAGUCCUCAUGCCAAAAUUAGUUCCAUAGCGGUUGCGGCUAAGUACCGCUGAGAACCGUUGGUGGGUUUUGUUCAUGCGAACGGCCUCCAGGGAGCUAACGUCCGGUUCCAUUCGAAUGAAGGGAAAGUGCCGAACUAGUGGCACUGAGGGAAAGCUGCUAAUGGCGGCUGUGUGGGGUAACCCCCGAAUGGGAAUGGACCAUAGUCGGUGGGCUCUUUGCAAGAUGUGUUUUGAAGGCUGUGUAAGUGACAUGUAGGGAGGUGUGACUAGGGCUGCAUGAACAGUGAUUUCUCCUAAAUGGCAGGGAAUUAAGCAGUGAGACUGCAGGGCAUGAUCUAUACAACAAAACUGCUUCUUUAAGAUAAAGUUGAUUUGGUGACUAUAGUGUCAGUUUAAGCUGUGCAGAAGGUACGUAAAAUGUGAGAAGUGACGACUUUAUUAAUAAUAAUGAUAAUAUUCAGAGUUACGGUGAUUAAGAAAGUAUCACAUACACCAUUUCAUUCUGAUGUAAACAAAACCAGGUUUGGUAUUGUUGCGUUAUGCCUUGUGCAGCAAUAUGACUGGCUGAUGUUUGUUACACCAGCCAUAGUUCUGUUUGAAACAGCCAAUGAAAAAACAGCUGGUGUAGAAUUCUCAAAGUGUUCUGAAAUGUGUCCUUUUUGUAGGAGUGUUGAUUAAAAAUAAGUUUCAAUUGAUUAAAGCAUUUUAACCCCUUAAGGACCAAACUUCUGGAAUAAAAGGGAAUCAUGUCAUGUGUCCUUAAGGGGUUAAAAGUAUGUCACUUUCCUUCCAUGUAUAUUCUGACAGAUUUUGGCUUCCCAACCAUUAUGACCCAUUAAUGAAAAAUACUGGGUGAGAUGUAUCAUAGUGUCGUGGUCUGAAAAGUGGUGCAAAUAUGUAAAAUAGAAGAGUCAACAAUGGAACUGGUUGAUUCCAUUGGUUUCCAUGGUAAUUGCCUCACUGUCAUACCUCCUCACGGCAUCCGUCCUGUCCCUCCACCCUGUGCAGACGCCUGGCCGACAUCGUGCUCGCUAUUACUAGCUAGGGGUGCGUGUGCCUUGUCUCAGGCUUCUUAAAAUGGAAGUACCAUUUUUUACUUUUGAACUGGCACUCUAUAUCUAUUUAAUUACUGCCCUAUUGGGUACCCUAGCCUAUCAGCUCUCACUUAACCCUAUUUAUACCACCCUCUUUCAUCUCUUCCUUGCCCUGUUGUGGUCUCUUUUAGCCCGAGAGUGCGUUCUGUUGGUUUGUCUUUUCUGGUAUCUGACUUCGGCUUGUUUCCUGGUUAUCCGUACUUCUGGCAUCCUUGACCCUUGGCUUUGUUUUUUGUUUUUUCUUCCGUCUUCUAUCCUGAUCUUGGCUCAUUUGACCAUUCUGUUCUCAUCGCUGUACUUUCACACGUUAAUCCGGCCAUUCGAAGGACAGGUAAUACGUCUGGCUUUGUGUAUCUUUUGAGCCCCUUAGUUUGCGUGUUGGGGAGGUUAACCUUGACACUCAUUUCUAGUACCAUGCACCAUUUUUCAGAACACAACACUUUAAUAAAGCUCUCCUUAUGUGUGACUAUUCUGCAAUUUUAGAAAAGGCACAGAUAAUUCACCCACACGUCCACAAAUCUCUUCCAUACUCUCACUAAUAAUAGGUCUGAUAAGGACAACCACUAGCCGCAGUCUGAUUCUAAAUAGAAAGUGACAAGGAGUUUUGCUCUCUGCUUGAGUUUACGAAUGAAACCGUUUUGUUCUAUAACUGAAGUGCGGUUGUUUAACAUUCCUAUUGUGAUAUCCAUAUAAGCAUUAGUAAUGAGCCAAUUAUGUAGAAUUCAUACCUGUUAUAUUGUUAAACUCAUGAAGGUUUUAGAAGAGCUUCUUAGCUCCCCUCUAAAUGACAAAGAAUGAUGUCUAAUCGAUUCCAGGCAUCACUGAUUAUGGCAACCAAAUAAACUAGCUCAAUCAGUGCAUUUAGAUAGUAAUUCUGUAUACAGGUAUUAUGCCAUGCACUAUAAUUAGUUAAUUAGGUCAGAUCGAAUCACUCCAGUGCACUGACAAUGUAAUUUGUCUUGGCUGUCAUGCAGAUAUAACAAUGGAAAUUAGAGUAUAUCACUGUUUAGAUAAGAGUUUGACUCAUGUUUGCCUGCCAACACCCUACUAUGUCUGUUCCAGUUCUCCUUAGAUUUCAUCAUUUACCUGCCAGUGCUUUAGGAAUAUCACUGUUAUUUAUUACUUUUAGAAGACUGUUGGAUGUGUUUUGUUCUUUCUGGAAUAUCUCUCUGCUUUUAUUUGCUGCGUUUUAACACCGAAUGCUCUCUUUCCUCAGUUGCUGUAUUUAAGCUCAGCAUGCUUUCUACCCUUUGUUGCUCUAUUUUAAUUUAGUGUGGUAUUGCAUGUUUCCCAAGUGUCUUGGGUUUGCCAGAAUAGUAUCGACCAGGGAUCCAUGUCUCAUUAUCCCAAUAUUCACACUUCUUCAAGGACAUCAGAGAAAAAGGCUGGAUAGUCGGGUUAUUAAUAAUAUUGUCACAUUUACCAGGCACUCAGGGAGGGAAAGGGGCAUUCAUCCCGAACCCACAAUUAAAGACCUUUUUUAAACCCUUAGAUGGCUGGUUUUACUCUGCAUGCAAUGUGUUGGGAGCUGGCAUCUAUGGGCCAUCCUGUGUCUGGGUGUUUGCGUUUGAAUGUGCUGUUUAUUAUUGUUAGUUUACUAAUAGUAAAAGUAGAACUUUCUAAUUGCAUGCAUGCAGAUGUUUGCUAUGAUACACUCUCUACAUAUAUAAGACAGUACUACACAUCCCCUGCUCUUUGUUUGGAUGAGCCUGACACCCCCUUUAGAAUACUUGCUUUUGUCAAAGAUUGGUUACUUUAUUCGUCUGUUUUACAAACCGAAACCUUAUUUAGAUGUCAUUUGCACAAUUAAUGUAAAGCACAUUUUCAUAGCAGCAUUAAAUAUUUAAUUCUUAAAACAUAUUUGUGAGCAAAUCUUUAAAGAAGUAGGACUCUCCACGUUGUCAUAUUCUGUCCACCCUGUAUAUAUGUGUGAUUGUUGCCAAUUAGUGAUCCGUGGAGAGUCGUGUUUUUCUUUUGUCUCUUGUAUUUUCUUGGCUUACGAUACAGUUCUAUUUUUAACAAUUGUUAAAUAACACAAUGUUAAUCCAUUUGUUUUCCUUCAAUUUAAAAGCUUGUCAGCACAUGGGCACAGGGCCGCCAUCAGGGGGUGACAACCGUGACAGUUGUCACGGGCCCGGCGGCCCUGGGGGGCCCGGACUGCUCUGGCAGUCCUGGGCCCCACUUUGUUUCUCUGCACAGAUACAUAGCGAAUCUCGCUAUCUAUGUGUGCAGCUGCGGGCCCCUGGCUCCCUGUUACCGCAGAGGGGGGAGACCCAGGCAGCACACAGCUUCUCCUCCUCUCUUCUUUCUUCUAUUAACUCUCGCGAGAUCCGGUUACCAUGGCAACGCUCCGCGGGUCUCGCAAGAGUUAUUAGAAGGGGAGAAGCUGUGUGCUGCCUGGGCCCCCUCUGCGGACGGUAACAGGGAGCCGGGGGGCCCCCACUGGACCACCACAGAUGGAAUCUCCCCCCUCCAUGGACACAGGUAAGCAGGGAGGGGGGAGAAACAUUUAAUUAAAUUAAUUAAAAAUUAAUGUUAAAAUGCCCCUUCCUCCCCCUCCCCCCCAGAUCACACAUUUACACACACACACUGCAUACACUAACACAACACACACUGCAUACACUAACACAACACACACACUGCAUACACUAACACAACACACACACUACAUACACUAACACAACACACACACUACAUACACUAACACAACAGACACACUACAUACACUAACACAACACACACACACUGCAUACACUAACACAACACACACACUGCAUACACUAACACAACACACACUGCAUACACUAACACAACACACACACUACAUACACUAACACAACACACACUGCAUACACUAACACAACACACACUGCAUACACUAAAACAACACACACACUGCAUACACUAACACAACACACACUGCAUACACUAACACAACACACACUAACACAACACACACUGCAUACACUAACACAGAACACACUGCAUACACUAAAACAACACACACACUGCAUACACUAAAACAACACACACACUGCAUACACUAACACAACACACACACUGCAUACACUAAAACAACACACACUGCAUACACUAACACAACACACACACUGCAUACACUAACACAACACACACUACAUACACUAACACAACACACACUGCAUACACUAACACAACACACACACUGCAUACACUAACACACUUACUUACACGCAUACACUAAAAACAACACACGCACUACAUACACCGCGCCCGGCUUUUGCGCUGCAUACACUAAAACAACACACACACAGCAUGCACUAACACAACACACACUGCAUACACUAACACAACACACAUUUGCACACUUCAACCCCAACACGCGCAAAUACACUUCAACAUAGCUUGCCCACCGCACCCGGCCAUCCACUAACACAACACACACACCAUUAGGCUACACAUUAACACACUCUCUGCAUUCACUACACUAACACACACUCUGCAUUCACUACACUAACACACUCUGCAUUCACUACACUAACACACUCUGCAUUCACUACACAUUAACACACUCUGCAUUCACUACACAUUAACACACUCUGCAUUCACUACACUAACACACUCUGCAUUCACUACACAUUAACACACUCUGCAUUCACUACACAUUAACACACACUCUGCAUUCACUACAAAUUUACACACACUCUGCAUUCACUGCAUUAACACACACACUACGUUCAUUACACUGACAUACUCUGUAUUCACUAUACUGACACACACUCUGCAUUCACUACACUAACAUACACUCUGCAUUAACUGUACACACAAUGCAUCCGCUACACAAACACACACUCUGCAUUCACUGUACAAACAGUAUCUAAUACACACAAACACUACAUCCAUUACACACAUUCUAAUUCACUUCCACUAUACACACCACAUUCAGUCCUGCAUCAUUGUCAGCGGACCAGGUAGGGCGAGUGCGGGCCCGGGAGGGGGGGCACAAACCUUGUGCUUUGUCAGGGGCCCCAAAAUUUCUGAUGGCGGCCCUGCAUGGGCACAACACCCGAUUCCUUAUGGUCAAUAUUCACAAAUUAUUGCUAUUACUAUAUUUAUAUUACAUAUUAUUAAAAAUAGUGUGAAGCUUUACCAGCUGAGAUUGGGAGACUGGGCAGACACAAGCUUUUCUAAUAGCUGUUUUUAAUAGAACUCAAAAAUUUUUUAAAAUAUGUGGUGUUUGUGUUUGAGUUCUUAGUCAUUUACCAUUGCAAUAAUGUACCGGUCGCAUUUCAGACACUAAUUAACUCCAGAGUUAAAGAAAUAUUCACAGCUUGGAGCAAAAUCUGUUAUCUUAUUUUAUGAGGACUAGAAAAACUGUUUCCUUGCUUCUUGUAAUGUAAGAGUAUGUGUUUAAAGGAUCUAUAAAGUCACUCAGACCAUAAUGAAGUGGUCUGGACACAGUGCUUUUUAAUUUUUUUUAGAAAUAUUUACAAUGCAUGAUCAGCACCAUUUUUAAAUAUUGUUUGGACCCUGGGCAAGCACUUGCUUGGGCCCCCUGGACUCUGCCCAGACCCUGCACUCCCAGGCAUUCAAUCACGCCCUCCACCCCAACGCAAUGGUGCAACUAAAGUAGAGGACCAUGGUGCAAGAAUGUUUUGGUCCCCCUUAUUGCAAGGGUGGCCAAAAGGUAGAUCCCUGCCUGUUCUGCAACUCUAACAAUGCUUUGAAAGCUGGGGCUCUUCCAAUUUCCCAUGCUUGCAGGAUUGUGUUUAGCACUUAAAGGACCACUAUAUACUCGUUUUCCUGGCACUAUAGUGCCCUGAGGGUGCCCCCACCCUCAGGGUCCCCCUCCCGCCCGGCUCUGGGGAGAGGAAAGGGGUAAAAACGUACCUUUUUCCAGCGCUGGGCGGGGAGCUCUCCUCCUCCGAUCCUCCUCUUCUCCUCCCCUUCGGCUGAAUGUGCACGCGCGGCAAGAGCUGCGCGCGCAUUCAGCCGGUCUCAUAGGAAAGCAUUUACAAUGCUUUCCUAUGGACGCUUGCGUGCUCUCACUGUAAUUUUCACAGUGAGAAUCACGCAAGCGCCUCUAGCGGUUGUCAAUGAGACAGCCGCUAGAUGAAUUGGAGGAAGGAUUAACCCUAUUAUAAACACAGUGACAACAUACCGAUAGAUACACAACCUGACAUACAUGCAGAUUCACACAUUGAUAACAUACAGAUGCUGACACUUAAACUGACAGACACACUGUCACACACAUUCAAAAUUUACACUUGUAAAGCCACUCUCCAGGUUCCUACCUUUUAGGUACAGGAGGAGUUUACUGGCUGUGGCUGUUGGGAGUUAGGCCUCUGCACUCCUGGUCAGAGUCCCCUCUCCUCUGCCUCCUCGUGGCCCCAGUCUCACACAUGGCUCCAUUCUCUCUGUCACUUUCUCCCGCUUAUGCUGAUAAGAAGGAGGGUUGACCGUGCUGUUGAAAGGCCACAGCACCCACCUGGGCUCCUCAUGACGAAUGCCCACCAGGUAGCUUUAAGUGCAUGGGCCACCCUUAGUUUGCGGGCCCACUGCCUGUAACAACGUCAGUGGUCCUAAAAGAAAUAGCUGGGGACAGAGGGCAAAUGGGACAGCUGGGACUUGGGACAGCUACCCUGUUAACCCUGCUUUAAAGGCGACCAUGUGCAGGGUAAAUCCACCUCUAGUGGCUGCCAUAAUAACAGCUGCUUCAGGUGCCUCUGCUGCACUCACCGGGUAAAACUCAGUCACGUGACGCAGAAGAUCAUAGGAAAACAAUGCUUUCCUAUAGGGAAUCUCUCACGGUACUCGCUGCACAUGAACAUCAGGUCCCCAAUGCUCCUUGUGAGAUGCGGAGAAUGAUCACUUCCCAAGGAAGUGUUGGUGCUGGAAAAGGUGAGUUAAAUCAUUCUUAAUUUUAUGAACAUGGGAUGGGCCAAUAAACUAUAUAGGAACAGGGAUAAAUAUGUAUUCCUAACUUUGUAGUGCUCCUUUAAUGAUUCAUUUUACUCAUUCUCUUCAGAAUACAUCAUUCAUUAUGCCUUGCAGGCCUUCUCAGAAUACGGAAGCAUUUAGAGUUUGGGCACAUUCUGUCCUACAGUCUGUUCCAGUUGGCUUCUGAGUCAGCCCGCUUUCCUGUAUCUAGUCUGCUGUACAGUUAUACAGUGUUUGACCCAGCCUGUUCCUGAUUACGUCUCUGGUGUAUUUGUAUUCUAAUGUUACUACAUUUGGCUGUGCAUGGCUGGCCUGUCCUUGCCAGAGUCUUCAGUAUUUGCUUUGCCUGUUUGAGUAUUGCAUUCGUUUGACCAAGUCUGUUCGUAUCGUAUUAUAAAGUUACACAGUUACUGACCUGCAUUGCUCCACUUGUUGCCUCUUGUUGCACCCUAACGUGUACCUUCAAACUUGUGUGUUACUUACUGAUCAGCCUUUCCAACAUCCAUUUUCUGCCUAAAAUCAAUCUGUCAUUAGUUUAACUGACCAUAAAUUGGCUUAAAGUACCUUGAAUAUAUGAUUUAUCACACAGAUAUAUGGUAUAUUCAUUGUAAAAUUUUGAGAUAUACUCACCUUGCUGUUGAUUCAGCGCCACCAUUUCCUCCGCUUCUUGGGUGUUACUGUUCUGUAGCACCUACCUCCAGUCUGCCCUUUACUCCCUCCACCCAGUUUCUUUUUUAUAAACAUCUUGGAGCCGGCACCACCAUAGGCGUGAGCAGCCUAUUGCAUUAGGGUGUGCACCCUAAAGCACAAACACACGCCGCAUGUAUAUGUAUGUAUGUGUGUAUAUAUAUAUAUAUAUAUAUAUAUAUACACACACACACACACACAUACACUGCUGUGUGUGCUGUUAGUGCGCUGUGUGAGGGUGCUGUUAGUAUGAUGUGUGUGUGUGUGUGAGGGUGCUGUUAGUGUGAUGUGUGUUUGAGGGUGCUGGUAGUGUGCUGUGUGUGAGGGUGCGGUUUAUUGUGUGAGGGUGCUGUUUGUGUGCUGUGUGAGCGUUUUUGUGUAUAUGUGUGUUAGGGUCCUGUUAGUGUGCUGUGUGAGGGUGCUGUUUGUGUGAUGGGUGUUGUGUGUGUGUGUGUGUGUGUGUGUGUGUGUGGGUGCUGUUUGUGUUGUGUAUUUGUGAGUGUGUGUGUGUGUGUGUGUGAGGGUGUUGUGUUUGUGUGUGUGAGGGUGCUGUUUGUGUUGUGUAUUUGUGAGUGUGCUGGUAGUGUGCUGUGUGUGUGCGCUGUGUGUGUUUGUGAGGGUGCUGUUAGUGUGCUGUGUGUGAGGGUGUUGUAUGUUUGUAAGGGUGCUGUGUGUGUUUAUGAGGGUGCUGUUAGUGUACUGUGUGUGUGAGUGUGCUGUGUGUGUGUGUGUGUGUAUGAGAAUACUCUGUGUGUGAGUGCUCUGUGUGUGCUAUUUGUGUCAGGGUGCUGUAUGUGUGUGGGUGCUGUAUGUUUGUAGGGAUUGUGAAGGUGGGGGGAGAUUAGUAAAUCUCCCCCCUCCAUUCUUACCUUAUGUAGGAAGAGGGGAUCCUUGCUGCCAAGUGCCAUCCCUGGUGGUCCAGUGGAGAGUGAACUCUAGCAUGUGGCGAGAGGGAGCAGAGAGCACACAGCUCCCUCGCCGCGCCUGAUAUGGAGACAAGCACCCGUGGGGUCCAUCACCUCUUGGCCCCCCCCAUGACAGGGGAAACACGGGGGGAGGAGGAGGGCAUUUGGAGGCAGCAGAGUGCCUGCAGGACUCACAGGUGUGCCGCGGGGAUUAGGUUGUGCCCAGGCGCACCCGGCGCACCCGGCACACCCCGUGCGCACGCCUAUGGGCAUCACAUCAGAGUGUGUUAGGGAGUUACCUUAGCAACAACAGUGAAUGUGCAGAUAGCAAUUUGUAGAAUUGACUGACAGGUGGAAGAAAGACAUAUUUUAAAUGGGUUUUUAUUUUUAUACCAAUGUAUACACUUGCUAGCAAAUCUGCUAGCACUAUGCAUCGUAGAUAGAAUGUUAUACUCUUAAAAAAACAAAUAAUUAUAAUUUGUUAUUGACAUGACAAGUACCCUUUAGGUUAGCUGUGUCAAGACUGGCUCUACCACAAGUCGCAGACUUGUCCACCAUCCACAAAGUUCCAGUGAUUGCCAAAGUCCAAAUGUUCAACUUGUAAACUAUAAUGGUUUAUAAGGUGACAACUCAAUCUACUCACCUCUUUACCUAAAUUUCCAGCAAAGCUUACCAAGCAUUUCAGCAUUGUGCUAAUAAACUCAUACAGCACAUGAUUGAUGCCUAUGACAAGCAAAGACUGUUAUAAACUCUGUUUAUAAUGCCGAUAAAGGAACAACGCACACAUAAAAAUACAGUUUUACAUUUUACAGGGAUAUUUAAAAUCCCCUAUCUCCGCAAACAAAUAUGGAGAUUCAGUUCCACCAUAUGGCCAUAUCGUGUUAAGUCCAUCACUACACCACAGUACCCCGAUAUCGGUGGAUCCCACACUAAUUCAAAUGUGGGAGACACAUUAAAUAGUGCUAGUGCUAUAUGAACCUAAGUGUAUUUAAAUAAUAUAUAAUGCAAAAUGAAUGUGAUAAAAUGCAAUUCAAAUAAUGCAGUGUCAAAACUAAACAAUUAAAGUGAAUAGUGCUUUGAUGUAUAUACUCACAAUGCAUAUCACAUAUCAGCUCUAUACUAUAUGAACAUUCUAAUUAAAGUGACAUUGCUAUCUUAACUUGUUAACAUUUAUUGAUUUUCCUUUAAACAAUCAACAAAGCAAAAAAUAAAAGUGGUUUUAUUCGGGUGUGUGAGAGAUAUAUUACACUUUUAAGGGAAGCACACAGAAUGUAAUGAUAUGAUGUUAGAUCCGUGCGUUUAUCUAAAAAUUGCGAGGUUCUAUAAGAACUAUGAUGGACUUUUUUUGUGUCUUAAUAUUCAGCCUUUCUAACAAAGGAAAACAGUAGCUAAUGAACAAGAAGAAAAUAUUGCAUAACUGUGCUCUGGAAUUGACUGACUAGUCAGGGCUGACUGUCGCACUAGAAAUUGCUGUGAAAUUUAGAUUUAAUAUCUGCCACAUCACUUCAGUUAACUGAGAAGCUGUAACAGAGUAGAGAUUGGUUUUAGGAGACCAUUAUUAUUCUCCUUGGAAUUUGGCUUUUUUUGUUUAAAUAGUCUAUAUACGUGUGUCUUCUGCUACUCUGUGCAAAAAAUCUGCAUGUGUUUGUAAAAUGUGGGAUGAUAUUCUUAUUAUAAUGUUAUAUUUAAACUCUCCCCUUGGUGACUGCAAUAAUAACCUGCUAAAAUCAUCAUAUGACAUAAGCGCUAAAUAGAUCUCAGGAACAAUUUGAAGAAUUAAUGAAGUAGUAAAUCUGCUUUUUAGCAAGAUUAAACUGAAGUAAGGUUUAAAGAGACAGAGAAAACUGUUCAUUUUUAUAUUCAUAAAAAUGUGUUGAGUAUAACUACAUUACCAUGUUGUGUCAUAAAUACAUUCUUUUUUUUCUUUUAGUGCAAAGUGAACGUAUUUUUACUUAUGCCAUUUAAUGGUGCCUAUGGGCAAUCUUACAUAUGUGGCAUACUUGCAUAUUUUUUCCAAAGUAAUUUAAGUGGUUCUGUCACCAUCUGGGAUCUCUGCUGACGUCCAGUGGGCACAGGGUGGAAGUAAGGGUGCGUUAUACUUACCUGAACCUGGGUCGAAACGUUGCGGUUUGUUGCUCCAAUAAAACUGCCAACUUUGGUUUCACCUUGAGUACCUGGACCAUUGCUUAUUCUAUUACAUUGCGCUGAGUAUUGUAUGUAUGUAUUCCAAUCCCUAUAGUGUUAAAAACACCAUCUAGCCUCCCCCCUCCCCUUUUCCCCCUAAAUAUAGUAAAAUUGUAUCUCUAUUCCAGCCUGCCGCUGCUGACUCUGACCCUGAUCUGUCUUCUUGGCUGACAUCGUCAGAAGUGAUACUCUAAGCCAAUCACAAUGCUAUCCCAUUGAAAGCAAUGGAUUGGCUGAGACUGUCAAGAAGGCAGAUCGGGGGCAGAGCCAGCACAAACCAAACACAGCCCUGGUCAAUAAGCAUCUCUUCAUAGAGAUGCAUUGUAUCAUUGCAAUUCUAUGAUGAAAGUUCAGUGUCUCCAUGCAGAGGGUUGAGACAAUGAAUGUUCGUACUGCACAGUGUGUAGCACUGCCCCAGGAAUUGACCUCUAGAGCUGCCCAUAGGCUGUAAUGUAAACACUGCAUUUUCUUCGAAAAAAUACGUGUUUACAGCAAAAGGCCUGAAGGGACUGUUUAAACUCACAAGAACAAUAAGCUGUAGUUGUUCUGGUGACUAUAAAUAAAUACAUCAAUCUCCACAGAGAGCUUUACAAUAAUACUAUAAAGUAUUUUACCAGGAAGGAUACAUUGAGAUUUCUCUCCUUUUUAUGUAUGUCCUGCUUGAAGAUGACUUUGAAAAGACUUAGCAAAGACCCUUUUUUAGGUUGGAAAGUUGGCAAGCUAGACUUUUGACUGAAUAAAGUCUCUUACCAUCUUGAGAAAGGACUGAUCUAUUGUGUGUUUAUUGUUUCUGUGAAUUGUUAAACUCCUAAUACUGUAUCAGUAUGGCAUUACUAGUGAUAAAAGGAUAUUAGCAUGUGUCGUAUUAAGUUUGUCUGAGGAGGCCAAUAGAGCUGCAACAGCUUUAACUUUAGUUACUUCAACAGUUGAAAGCGGUCUAUUUCUUUUUAAUAAGUGAACAUUGAAGAAUCCAUUCAGCACAUCUCUGGAUUUAGUGGAUUCACAUUCCAACUUUUCUAUUCCUAUACAAAUUAAAGCCACAGUUUAGAGUUGGUUAUUUUAUGUUUGCCAUAACUGGCCCUUUUUGUAAUGAGCGCUUACCGUUCCCCGCCGGUCCCGCGCAGCGCCGGGUCCUCCUCCGAUACUUCCAGGGGGCGGCUCAGUUCUUCUGACGCCGGCCGCUCGGAACACGCCCACAUUUAUGACACGGCGCAUGCGCGCCAACGUCAGAAAAUGCUGCCAAAAUUCAAACGUGGCCACGCUCCCGGACUUUUUGGGGGCGUGGCUACAAAAUUAAAGCCAAAGAACCCACUAUAAAAGGGCUAUCAUGACACUUGUCAGAUGCCCUAGUGUGGUUCUUGUUUAAAGUCCCCUGGUGCUAUCUUAUCUGUUUGUCCUUCUUGGUAAUUGACCCUUUGCUAUCUCUCUGACUAUUCUGUGUUCUGGUUUCCCGUUACUUGGCUUGGAUAAUCGUGUGCCCGUCUUCCGUAUUCCCUUGACCUCUGGCUAUUCCUUUGACUAUUCUCAGACGCUAGUCCGGCCAUUCUAAGGUCCGGUAACCAUCUUUCUGUGGGUUUCACGCUGUGUGAAGGGGUCACUGUUGUGACAUUGGUCACUGUCGUGACACUUUUAUAUUUAUAAAGGAAAUGGUGGCUGGCAUUCCUGGUGGCUACACUUAAUAUCUGGGUGUCACAUUCUUAUAAGAAUUGCCCAAGCUACCUGUUUUAAUGCAUUGCAUUGCAGUUCAGUAAUUGUAUUUAAUUGAUAGGUUAAUUGAUAUUUAUAGGCCAUUUCAGCCAAUUUGGCCUAAAAUGUUCCUUUCUCAGUGUUCAGUUAUCUUAAAUGAAUUGAUUCUGAAAUAUGUAGUUUAUCAAGCAUUUUACGUGAAAUUAAAGUAUAGCUGCUGUUGUUACUUCUUAGAUUAAUACUGUUAUGAAAGUCUGCUAAAUACAGAUUUAAAAAUCUUUCUAAACCCGAGUUUUGAUUCACUGAACUAGUGGCUCUUAACAUGUGAUGGAACCUAAAAUUAGGUCCUCUUGCUGUUUUAUUGGGCCUCCGCUGUUUAGAACAGGCCCAUCAUAUUAAUCAGGCCGUAGGCAACUGCCAAAAUAAAUUUGCUGCCCAUCCUUCUCCAGUCACUGAACAAAAUGUUGGAGGGAUUUUCCAAUGCCCUUAUUUGGGCUAAAUUUUGGCAAUUCUGUUUUCAGGUCAUUGCAGUUCACUGUUUAGUAAAUAAUUCUAUUUUUUUUUCCUUUUUAAUGGAGUAUUCAUAUUUAUCAGAUUCGAUACAUUUGUCUUUGUUACAGCUUGCAUUUCCCAGAAAGCAGCAGCAAGUUAAAAUUCUAAUAAAACUGUGUUUACUCUAGAGCACCUUUUCUUCAGGUUUUUUGUUAAACCUGAAUCCCUGUGAUGCCUUUCCAAUUUCUAGCUGUGAAAACAGAUGAACGUUUUUCUAAAAUCAAUGCUACUGAUGGCUGUUUGUGUGUGGGCUGGUGUGAUUCAUUUUAUACGCUCAGCAGCUGACGGUGUCCCAAAUGCAUUGCUUUCCUCAUUGACAAAUUCAGCACACGCAAAUUGGGCUACACCGCCAUCCUUAUCUCCCACUCAGGCCACCAGAGUAAUUCUAGCUCUUAAAACACGUCUGGGCCAUCUGCCUUCAUAAUGUUACGCAAACCAAAACAAAUGUGUAGUGGGUACUGUUCCUAGAUAUGAUAUUACGUGUUUUAUUGCUGUAGAUGCCAGACGGAUCCAUCCUUCGCAAUUUAAAAUGUUGAUUAUAGUCACACAGUUAUAAAGCAUGUUGCUAAAGGAUGAUAUACAAAACAGAAGUUUGAACUAUUCUGAAGACCUUUUGUUGUGCUUCACCUGCAUAUCUCAAGUUGGACUUUGGAAAGUACUCCUUGGGCCCCAAAACAUGAAAAAAUUGCAGUUUCCCAGAGUUCCUAGGUUGAUAUGCAAAUGAGCACAGAGAGGCAUUGUGUUUUAGACUUCAUGCUGAAUUUUUACAGGUAUCCUUAGCAAUGGAUUCCUUUUUAAACACCACUUUUUAAACCAUAGCAUUGGUUAUGAUCCAAAAGAACCAGUAACCAGAAACCAGCCAUGGACUGCAGGUUCGACCUUGUGGGUCUCCUAAUCAUGGUGUCUGUUCUGGUCUGGAAGUUGAAGUCUCUUUUUGAACUAUUCUGAUCAUUAUAAGCAAUAAUACUCAUACACAUAAUACGUUAUCUGGAAUAACGACUUGUCUUGUUUAUAAGUUACUUUGCAAGAUGUUGUUUCCAAAGAUGCCUAUUCUAGAAUACAACAUGGCCAAUCCCUGUUCUGCAAUGGAGAUGUCAAGUUAAGGUGCAAGACAAGUGCUCUGCUUGAUAAGAAUGAAAAGUAGAGGCAGAAUGCAUUUCGUCUAAAAUGUUUAAUCCCUAAAUCUUAAUUUAGUUUGACCAAAAACCCCACUUUUCCGGUUUUGUUUCUUUUGUAUUUUUUUGUGGCAGGCUUAUGCAAUGUAUGAUCAUAUACUGUAACUAAACCCCCAUUAUAUUUUUUUAGCCUAGAUUAGGUGUUUUUAAUCAAAAUUUUGUGUGCGUGUAUACUAUUUGCUGUGAUUUUGUCUAAUAAUAUUUAUAAAUAAAUGUAACUUAAUGUCAAAUAUUCUCAUGUUUUUGCUUCAAAGUAAGAGACCUUCCACCAAUUUGCCUUGAUGUCCGACAAAAACAGCGCAUCUCGAUUGAUACGUUGCCACCUGAGAUGAAAGCUGCCAUCCUUCCUGAACCGACGAAUCCUAUACGUGGCCGAACGCUAAAAGACUUCCAGUGAGUUAAAUUUUAUUUUCAAGUUAAUAGAGGUCGCCACUUGGCUUCUGAUUUAAAAAACACCAUAACUACCAAAGCCUGCUGUUGUAGUUAUGGUACCAUUAGUGCCCUUCAUGGCAAGUAAAACAUUUUUGUAUAGUUUUACAACUUAACUGGGUCCCUUUAGAUGGCCAUAGAAUUAUAAUUAAUAGAGUGACAGACACUGAUACAAUGCCAAUGAAGCUAUAGUGUUUGGGACAUAUGGAAGAGCUUUAGGAAGCCUUUGCAAUAAGAGGAGACAGGCAGUUGUUGUUUUUUUUUAAACUAGCGUAACACCAACAAACGUGAUAUCUUGAUGCUCACAUGAACACUAGAGAGGGUGUAUACAUAACUUAUUUAUAUAUUAAGUUCAUGUUAAGGGCUAUCACCAGCAAUGUAUACCUAUCACAUGUUCACUUUAAGUUGUACGAUGAUCAGUGUUCUGUUUGUUUGGAUGGUUUUUUAGUAUAUAUACAUUUAUUUUAAUUGUGAAUUGAAUGAUCUUAGACCUGCAAUUACACUUCACUAUACUUGUGCACAGAUUUACUUAAAGGAGCACUAUAGUGCCAGGAAAACAACUUGUUUUCCUGACACUAUAGUGUCAUUAGGUCACCCCCUUCCCGCUGGGCAGAAGGGGUUAAAACCCCUUCAGCCACUUACCUUUCUCCAGCGCCGGGCUCCCUCUGUGCUGGGGAACUCUCCACCCCCAGGCCAAGUCAGAGCUGUGCGCGCAUUGAAUUUUCCAUGAAUGUGGAUUUCCAUUUUGUUGAGCAGGAGUGAACAGUGAUACCUGGUACUGUAUUGAAGCUUUUAAUAUUGUGGUACAAUUCUCAAGUCUUCUACAUAAAAAUGAGAUAAAAUGAGAAAUCUACUUCGAUGUAAUUGUUAUUAAGUUUUAAAAUUCAAUACCACAGAAUACUACCUUUGUCACAUUCCAAUGCAUGAGUAAAGUCUACUCACUCUGCCACUCGAGCCUCGGGCAGCAGUAUGUUCCGUCACUGUCUUCUCAUUCUGUCAGCAGAGCAUGUUACACUGCCCUCUGCUGGGCAUACUACUUUUAUUCUGAUUUGCUGUUUAACUUAUGUCUAUUGAACAAUAUAAGCCUAGACUCUUGAGACGCAUUAUCCCUUUGCGGUACUUGCAAUCACUUGCUGCACUCUGUUACUUAUGCUCCUGAUAUCAAUUUGUCUUAUUUUUUUGACCGUUUUGAUAUCUCCAUUUUCCAUUUAAAUAGAAAUUAUGUUUCUACACAAAUACAUAAUUACAAUUUCUUAGCACAACCGUCCAAUAACAUAAAAAAAAAUAAAAAAAAUAAAAAAAACGUGGGUUCAGAAUUUUUAAAAUGUUUUUACUAUAUCAGUGGGAAUUUGUAGAUUCUCUUAUUUUUAAUCAAUUUAAAUCUGGGUUAUGUAAGAUAGGCCUCUCAGCUGACCCAGUUAGCUGCCCAGCAUUUUAGUAUUUUUGAAUACUUGUGGUCUGCUUAUUCAGAGACAUGUGUUUCUAUUUAUUGAUGUGUGAUUGCAGUGCACACUUUACCAGUUUACUCACCUCUUGCAGUGAUGUCAUUUUUGGGUUUCUGAGUCUAUUUAACCCGAACUUCAUUCAUACAUCAUAUAAAAAAUAAAAUAAAAAAAUAAAGUCUUGCACUACGUUUUGCUAGGGGUGUUUUUUCUUUCUUUCUUUCUAAUUUACUGAUUCUUAAUAUUUUUGGUGAUAUUAUGUUGUCCACCUAAUUACACUUGCAGACUCUUUCCUGAGAUCCAGAUUAGGCUUGUGAACUAUAUUUGGAAUCACUCACUUUUUCUAAAUUCCUCCCAUGUUUUUCUCCAUUAACUCUACAUGAUCAGUUGACUUUGAAUUUCCUCCAAGCCAAGCAACUGAUAAGUUAUCACCUUGGCAGGAUCCAUGAAAAGGACCCAGCUGGGUUUAGUUUCUUAUUCGGGCCCAAGGUUAUUUUUAGGAAUAUCUGACGUGGUAAUCCUUUAGCGAAAAUCUAAGAAUAAUCGCAUAUCAGGUCAGUGUGGGAUUAAACCAUUCAAUCCAAAAAUCUAUCUAACAUAGCUAUUUUGUAAAUGACGUUUAUUGCACCUUACUGCACGUGUAGAACCUAUCAUUCUGAACCUUAAAUGUCUUGAUACUUGAGAAAAUUUCAGUUUAGCACAUACGUAAUACCUGCCUUUUGGUCAGGUCUAAUAAAGUGCAGGAAGGCACAAUAUUGGGACAGGGUUGCUUAGAUACCUUGUUCUAUUAAUGUGUCAUUAGUAAAUCUAACCUGAUAUUUUAAAAAUUAUUUACUUUUUUUACCUGCCCAAUUCAGAGAUCAGUUUUCUAGAGAGAUCAAUUAUAUAGCGCCAACAAAUUCCGUAGCGCUUUACAAUAUUGUGACAAAACACACAGCAAACUUUAAAAGGGGUUAAUAGACAAACAAACCAACACCUUUAACCCCUUAAGGACACAUGACAUGUGUGACAUGUCAUAAUUCCCUUUUAUUACAGAAGUUUGGUCCUUAAGGGAUUAAAGGUUCUAGGAUGGUUCUUUUGUGGUGCAACUCCAGGGAUGAGUUUACUCCGUAUUACAAUUUGUGCAUUAUAGAGCAUACAAACCUCACUUAUCGGUAUACCUCUUUUGAUGCAAAUUUGUUACGUGUUUUGAGUUAAACACCUUAUUAAUGCCAUGCCAGAUAUUACUGUCACCACUAUUAUGUUGAAAAAAGUACCACGUUUCAAAGCUCUUGUUCCACUGCCAGUGUCUUCAGCACCCACAACAUUCCAUCACUUACUGGUCAAGAACUGACCAAGCCCACGAACCUGACAUGCCUGUAUCCACAGGAGUUAAUGGUGUCAUAAAAAAACUAUACGUUAUUGGUGUUUUGCUGCCAAUUUAAGGACACAGACUGAAGUCAUUCAAUGUGUGACCUCAUGUUAUUUGUUGACUUAGAGCCACGUUAGGUUACUCUAAAGUAGACUGAACCACAAAUUCAAAUAACAUUUUCACGUUUCUAAUAAGCCUUUUAGAAAUGUAAUGGCUCUGUCAUUUAUGAUAAUCACCUAGCUACUAAACUGUACUCAUUCCUGUUUCUUCCACCAAAGGUAUCAUCAUACUUUUUAAGAUGGAAAGUAGAAAUUCACGAGAAGAACAUUAUACCCUUAGGGGUUAUUUUUCUAAAACCUUUAAAAUUGCAAUUCAAUACAUCGGACAUUAGGGGCCUAAUUGCAGACAAUUGCAGUGUGGUUCAAUGCCAUACACGACUCCAGUAUGAAAGGACAGCUACUGUAUUUUUCUCUGUGUGAGUAUGUGCACGUUGCAAAUAAUGUCUUGGGGAACAAAUUGUGGUGUUUGGCAAAAUUAAUAUGCAGUACGGAUAUUCUGGAAUAAUAGCCAACUGUCUUGAAUUUAUUCAAACUCACGCAAAUAACAAAAAUUAUGAAAAUUACUGUUUUGUAGACUUUUUUUUUCUUCGAAUAAUUUAUUAAGAAAAGCUGUAGUAAUGCAGAAACCUUUAUAGAGGUUUGAAAUAACUUGAAAGUUGGCUAGUUUAAAGUGAACAGUAUGUGUAGUAGUCUAGAAAGAGGUUUUGGUAACUGUCUAACAGCAUAUGACAAGUGGCCAGGCACUAGUUUUGCAAAGACCUAUGUUGCAUGCAUCACAUAAUAUGUGCAAGCAAUGGGAGAAUCUUCCAAGAAAUAUUUUGAUUGGGUGUUCGGAGGGCCAAGGUGUGUGAAUGGUGAAGAACUGGAAGCAUUAAAGGGACAUGCAUCACUUGACAAUAAUUAUUUUUUUUAACCCAGCAAGCAAACACUUUUGAACAAAUAUACAAACCAAAAUGAAGACAAUGCAAACUUUGAGAAGUAUGUAAUAGAUGUUUUAUAAACCCACUGUAAAGUUAGACUACAUUGUUGGACAUGCCUCUCAGCUAGAGGAGUUUUCAGCCUUCCCCCCAGUACCUAAAUCCGUUUCAGACCCGUCCACUAAUGACAGAAAACAGGGCAUCAAUUUCCAGAAGCAGGUGAGCGAAACCAGACACCAGAGCAGAGUAAGGCAACUGCCUCCUUCAAAUCUAAAGCUUUUCAAGGAGACUGUUGUCUUAAAGUGAUGCAUGUCCCUUUAUUGAAGCAAGCUAUUUGACCUAGUAAGCAGGUACUCGAGGUUGGAAGAUCCUGCAUUUGCUGCAAAACCCUAGGAUGUGCAGAGUUUGCAGCAUAUUAAACUAGAUAAUGACUCCGCCAAUCAGACAUGUCUAUUUUUCUACAGCACAGUUGAACUUUCCCAUAAGCAGUGCUUUAUGUGCCCUGUAAGGGUUAAUGGGACUUGUAGUUCAAUUGCCAUUUUUCUUGUGUAGAAAGAAAACUGCGAAUUUCAACUAUUUUUUAGCAAAGUGGAAACAUCGUAGUUUCGGAGGAAAAUGAAAGAGUAGCAACCACUGUGCACAACUAAUUGUAACAUAACUUACACAUUGCACCUAAUUUGUGUGGGUGACUGGCGUUUCUUUGUUUGGUAUAACACAUUGCUCAUGAUUUGGGUGUGCAUUUUAGAAAUCGUACGUUUUAAUACAUUAUAACAUUUUAUGAACAAGUACAAAAUAAGUUAAGUGUGAAUAACAACACUAUAUAUAUAUUUUUUUUUAACUGACUGGAUUACCCCUUUAAGUAAAUUAUAUACCUCAAUUGAUUUGUUUGGAAAUCAAUCUUGCAUGUUGUUUACACUUUACAUAUACAGUUCUGCUUUAAAGUAGAAGCCAUAGCAAAUAUUCAGAAUUGCAAUACAUCGAUAUCUCUAGAAUACUUGAAAACUGCAUGGUCUAAUUCUUGUCUCAUAUGAUCACCUGAAAGCACAAAACUGUACAAGACUCCCAUCUAGUGGCCACUUUUGUUUGUACAGUACCACCUAGAAGAGAUUGUAGGAUGCAAGAGUAAAACUAUUUUGUAAUUUAAAAUAAAAUAUAACACAGCCAUAUAAUACACCUAAUAUGAAAUUUUACAACAAUAUUUAUCCCCUCCCCCACAUAUAGCAGAAGUGACAUGUCUCUGUUAGCCAGAUGGGUGCAGAUGAGCCAGGUUUGGGUGCUAGAGGAGUCUCCAUUUUUGUGUCAAGUGGGAGCUAUAGUGCCAGGAAUACAGUUUUGUAUUCCUGGCACGUCUAGAAUGCCUUUUAAUUUACUAUUUAAAUUAUUUUAUUUUUUUACAAAUACAAUUUACUUCUUGGUACCUAGUUACCGGCCGUGCUAUGGUGAAUAAGCAUUAGAAAUGAAUGUCAUUGGAAGGGAAGCAAUUGUAUAUUACAGUUGAUUUGUAAUUUAGUGUAUAAAUGCAGGUUAAGGGCCCAGACUAGCUGAUUGCAUUUUUUAUGGUUUUUAAUAUAAGCAUUAGGGAUAGACCAGUAAUCGGUUCUGCCAAUUAUUUGAGCUUUUUGGCAUAUUUCUAGUAAUCUGUCUGAGUCUUAUUUACCGAUAUUACCGAUAACUUUGUCACCUCUCCCAAUCACUGCAUGCUGUCCUCUGCAUCUGGGAACUCCGGCCACCAACCAAUGAGGUGCUAUGUCACAACUUCACAUUACUCCUCCCUGUGAGUUACUGCAUGCACAGCUCGGCUAAAUGCUGGGAGCUGAACAGUUCAUAAUUACUGUACUGGGCUGGCUGACAAAUUGAUAGGAGUGUGAAUUCUGCCCGCAAUCAUAUUCCUUUAGUAACAGCACUGUACAUGCUGGUAUUUCAUGGAUCCAUGCAUGUACUGGCUGCCUGAGAAUUAUAGGAGUGUGAUUACUGUCAACAUGUUCAGUCAACGCCAGAUUUGUGUAAAAAUUGUGUUACUUUUUCCAAAAACCUUUACAGACCCCUAAAGCACUUUUUUUGAUUUGACAGUCACAGAGAGUUGGCAGGGAUAGAUUGGGAGGGCUUGCAAAGGAUUCAGACGAGAACUGCAGUUUUUUAAGUUGGUUUUAUACAUACCCCCAAUGGAAAAUGCAUAAUUAAAUGCAAGCAAGUUUUUAUUUGGGUUAUUUCUACUAAAUGAUACUUUUUAUUUAUUUUGAGUGUGGAGUGUUCCUUUAGGUGUACAGAACUGGUUAUCGGCAAAUUGUCCCAAAAGGGGACCAAUAAUCUGCAUCGGCAUUAGCUUCAAAACAUAUCUGGUGAUCCUUAAAAAGCAAGAUACUAAGUGUUUGUGACCUAUGUCUAGUACAUGUACAUAAAUUCUCAAAGUGUGGAGUUAGUCUAUGCUGGGAUAAUGUGGACUUUUAUAAUAUAUAUUUAUAAUAACUUCAUCGAGUUGGUAAUGAUAAAAUGUAUCUAUAAAGAUCUUUGUUUAGAAGAAAUCUGUAAUCUGCUUUUGGGAUCUUGUUGCAUCCAUAUUUUGUGAGUGACACACUCAAACAGGUGCUGGAAAUAUUGCCUGGGUAUCUUGCUGCAGCACCGAAUGCUGAUGAGUGACCUGUUUUGUGUAGUAUGUGCAUAUUUUGAAAAUCUUUUGCAAUAAAGAAACUUUCUCUGCAGUGUGUCCAAACAUGUAUACAGUACACAUCAUUGCCAUUGAAUGGGUUCAAUGGCAAUAUUGUUCAUACGUCCAACAGCAGGCCUUGUAUAGUUUAAUAUUUUGUGAAUAUUGGCAUAAACAAGCUGGACUUAAAAAAUAAAUAAAUAAAAAACCAAAAACUUGAAUGGUUUUAAAGUUUUCUGUAUUUUUCCCCAGACGCUCUUAUCAGCAUUUUAAUGUUCAUAAAACCAGCCGUACCGUAACGUUUGUACCUGGUAAUCACUAUCAUUUUUUACUUGUGUGCAGAAAUGGUAUAAUUUAAAUACCUUGGGGUUUAUAUUUUUGAAAUGUCAAUAGUCCGCACUGCAUUAAGUAUUGAUAUUAAGUAGCAUUACGUAUUGACAUUAAAUUGUAUUGCUUUUGAUGACACACUGUAUCCACCUAUGAUGUGCUGCAGAUGAGCAAACAGUUGCAUUACUCUACUCUAAUCUGUAUAGUCACAGAUGUUUUUGAAGUACACUCUCCAGAGUUAUGCAAAAGUAUUAAGAAAGUAUUACAUAACUCAUGUUAUAACAUUCAUUUAGAUGAGUCUGGAUUUUCUUUACAAAUUUAAUUUUGUACGAUUUCCUCCAUAAACAUCUAGACACGUUAUACAAGAACAAAGUAUGCAGAGGAAACAAAAAAAACCCAACAACUUAGGAACAGAAUUCGUAUUCAGGUCCAUAAAGAGGAGAAUAGGACAGCCAGACAUUGAAGUUUUACCUCUGUACCUGCUGGUUCUUGACUUAUUAACUAAUCAGAAGCACAAGAAAGGACGAUCUAUAAAUAGAAUCCAGUUAGGCAAAGGGUCAGCAGUCGCAGUGGCUGUUUGUUGGAGGUUAAUGUAAUGGAAAAACAAUGAUAGUCUAUGAAAGUGGUUCUUAAAGGGGCACUGUAGCCACCAGAACAACAGCUUAAUGUAGUUGUUCCGGUGAGUAUAGUCAGCCUUUUUGCUGAAGGCUCCCCAUAGAAAUGCGUUGAUUCAGUGCUUCUCUAUGAGGAAAUGCCGAUUGGCCAAGCUGGUAUUUGGCCCCACCCAUUGAUGAUCUCAGCCAAUCCAGUGCUCUUCCAAAGGUAGUAUGAUAUCCACACGAGGCAGGUUAUGCAAAGCAAACACUGGUGUUCCUAUAGAGCAUCAAUGUUUUUAGCUUCAGGGCUAAAACGGGGGUAACAUGGCACCCAGACCACUUCAUUAAGUAAUCUGGGUCCCUAUAAUAUCCCUUUUUAUUUUUAUUGUUUUAAUAACCCUUAUUUAACAUGGACAGAGAUAAUGAUACAGGCAUAAUCAGAUAUAACUCUAAAAAUGAUAAAAUAGAAUAUGACACUGAUAACUUUCACAAUCCACGUUUGUCACUUGCAACAGCCAUGACUCGAUACAGCUAUGACAAAAAAGGGCUACGUCUCACUUACAAUGAGAGUUAUGCUAUGGAGGAUCCCACGGGUGGUGUCCACAGGUGGUCCGCUCAUUUAAGUAUAACUUCCUUUAGUGGUGCUUCCGUGCCACAGUCAACCGACUAUAAAUGUUACCUUCUGAUGUCUUUGCAUAACAUGCAAAGACCCACAAAGGGGACAGCCCCUAAUUUUGUAGGACAUCCUUUUAGAAGAUAGAAGCUCUGGUUGUGUCAAAACAGCAUCAUGAUUAAGCAAACAGAGUAACCUUUUUUGCAGAACUUGCUCGGGUUGUGAAAUAAAUGUAUUUAAUAUACAAACAUCUAGCUGUAUUGCGAAGUUAUAGGUUUGUUCUGAUUUAAGUGAGUGCUGCCAAAAAGCAUGCAUAGUUAUAAGCAAACCCUCUGAAAUUACUGAUCAUGAAAGCAGCACUCACUUUAAAGCUUGAUUAGGCGUGCAGUGUGGUGUGAAUAUUCAUUGGCUGCACACAAUUUCUUCAUUCUUUAUUUUUGUUCUCUUUGUAGGACAGAUUUGGAUAAAGCAAAAUCAACAGGAGAAUGGAAAGCCGUGCAUGAUUUUUAUUUAACGACGUUUGAUUCAUUCGUGGAGUUAAACACUGCUUUUAAGGUAGUAUUCUAAAACAUCCUAUGGAGAGCAAUGAAUAAUUAUUUUUAUUUUUAGAUAUGUUAAAAUGUUCAAUUGAAUAGCUAAAAAAUUGUGGUAUGUAGUUCUUUUUAAAUACAUACCUUGUCUUCUGAGCAACCAAAAUCAAACUAUUUCUGCAUCAAUCUAUAUUCAUCUUUCUGCUGUCGUAGAUGAAUUGCAUGUACACAAAAGGUAAAUAUGUCUUUUAAUCUGUAACUUUUCUGGCGUUUUACAGAUUACUUAAAAUAUAGAAUACUGGGAUACAAAAUGACUUAAUUUAUCAGAAUAUGAGGAUUAAUCCUUUCUAUAUAUGCUUCCUCCUAGCCAUACAAGUACUUGUAUAGCAUGUAACUGCAUGGUGGGUAUACACGAUACAAGUUCACCUCCCGGAGUAUUUUACACCCUUUAGUGAGUGGUCAUAUCUAUAGUUCCAUUAAUGGAGCUUAUCUGUAAGUUCAGGAUGACUUUUAACAGCUUGAGCAGCAGUGUUAUUCACAGUUUGGUACGUGUGGAACAGUGCUGAACUACAUUUCAACAUGUGCAGACUUUAUAUAUCUAACAUUGAAUGUGAACUUUUAACUUCCAACACAAUUUGCGGAUGACAUGUUUACUUAGAAUGGGACACUCUACGUGCUUAACCAUUACAUCUAAUAAUAGUAGUGAUUUUGGUGCCUAAAAACCCGGUGCAUGCAGUCUGACAUAUAAGCAUUGGUAUUUCUCAGAAAUUGUCAUGUUUAAAUGAAUCAGUCAGUGAAGACUUACAAUAAUGGAAAUUCUCCAUUUUCAUUGUUAUCAAAUGCUUUGAAUGCAUCUAAUAAAGUAGCAUUGAAAUUAUUGCUUUUCUGUGAGAAGACUCUUGUUGGCCGAGUAGGUCCAAAGUGCUUCUGUAUGAGAAGCAUUGGUUUGCACCAGAGAUUAUAAAUCAGGAUGGUCUCAGAAGAGGAGGAAUCUCCCAACUAUCACCUGACAGCCAGCAUAGUUCCCAUCCUCAUUUUGCAUCUAGGAGGCUUCCCUUCAUCAUUCGCCUUGAGCACUCAGAGAAGCAUUACUUUGAGAAGACUUGCUGGAACAUUGUGGAACCCUGCCUCCAAUAUCUGCUCCUUGAGAGAAUUUGGAUUAGCCAGGACAUCAUCAUUAGUGGUGAUCUAACUUUUUAUUUUAUAUCAUUUAAGGAGUCUGGAGGGUUGCCCAGUACUCCAAAGAUAAACAGGAACCUUCCAAAGUUAGAAAGAAAUGCAUUCCUUUCCAACGCUGGAGUUUUCAUUUAAAACAUAUAUAUAUAUAUAUAUAUAUGUGUUUAAUGAUAGAGUGUAACAGUAGUAAAGCCAUCAUAAAGAAGGUUUUUACCAAUACUUUAUAUUUCAAAUGUAUUAUUGUAGAACACCGCAAAAUAUGUUGGCUCUGUAUAAAUUCUGAUAAUAUUAUAUGUGUAUUAACUGUAAUGUGCGGUAUCUGCAUAGGAGAGCGUACAAGCUCAGUUACAUUUUCAUACGUCUUGUUGUGUGAACUCAUUAUUUCCUACUUGUCUAUUGAUAUUCACAGAGAGAUGUAAAUGCUUCUGUUAACACCAUUGAAGAUUCCAGAAUCAAUACGAAAUUUCUGAAUGCUGUUUAUGAUGCUUUAUUAAACACUGUAAGUGUAUUUUAUAAAAAAAACAAUGGUGCUGUAUUGCAUAUAUGUGAAUCUGUAUUCUUCUCUAUAUUUUAAAUAAGGUACAUUAAUAUGCAUUACUCACCUGUUUAAUGUGUUGUAGAAACAAUAGAAAUGUCACAUAUAUAUAUAUAUAGUUACACCAGCACAAUUAAAAGGAUAGACAGCUGAUACAAUUUCUAUAUAGUAUUUAAUAUGAAAGACUAGGCAGGCACUACAUAAAGCAUUUAAGGAAUACUCCAAGUACCAUAACUAUAUACCAGGAGUGCCCUGGUGCCCACCCAUCAGAUGGAGUUAAACGGUUUGACUUCAUAAAAUCUGAUGAGCGAACACUCCGCGCCUCCACUACUAUGCUUAGCGAACUGGAAGAUUCUGAUUACAUUGUUUAACCCCUUAAGGACCAAACUUCUGGAAUAAAAGGGAAUCAUGACAUGUGACACAUGUCAUGUGUCCUUAAGGGGUUAAGAUACUUUUAUGGCUCCAUGUGAUUGUAGCGGAGAUUGAGAAUGGCGAUUGGCAUCAGAUAAGAAGUCAAAUUGUGGGAGCCGCCAGGACACUCCUGGCACUAGAACCACUACUUGGUGCUUGGAGUGAUCCUUUAACAGAUUGCCAUGCAUCAAAUCUAUUGCAUUUGCAAACAAAGAGACACAGAGUUGGAGCAACAUGCACAAGGGAGUUUAUUUAGUAAAUUGCAAAUUCAAGUAGGGUGUUAUAGUUAACAUUCUUGACUUGAAACCAGAAAACUACAAUCCAUAUUUUAACAAAUAAACCACGUUGCCCGUGUUUCUCAAAAUUGGGGUUUGAUUUGAUCCAUUGAUGGCACUUGCUAGUUGCUAAUGCAUAUUUUCUUUUAAUGUUACAUUUUAUUGCAUUUACUAAUACAAUGUGUUUGUGUAGUAAAACAGUUUGUCUGAAUUGGUUUUGUGAAACAAAUCAUUCUAUCACUAUUCAAACAAUCCAAAUUGACAUAUGUAAGAAAAUUUGUUUCUCCACAUCAGAUAAAUCAGACUAACAUUUUAUUCAUAUAUUUGGACAUGUCUUAUGAGCAGUAGCGCCAGUAAAAGAGAUGUUUCUCAGCCUUUGAGCAUCAGCAGAGAAUUUGAAUAUGCAUAGAAUCCACUGCUCUUUAGUUCAGUUGAGAUACACCAGUAACUUGAUAAGGACAGGCAUAGUCUCAAAGCCAAAACAAACAUCCGAUUACCCUCUAAGUUAAAAUCCAUAUUUAUUAAUCCAUAUUUGAAGUCAUAUAUUAUGAUAUGAGACAUUUUACACUACCGUAGGGUACUUAAUAAUCAAUAAUCACUGCUUUUGAGUAAGCACUCUACCGGGGUGUAAAAUGUGCCAAACCAACUUUAAAAAAUAAAUAAAUACUAGGAAAUCCAUUUAAAUUAAAGGGACACUAUAGUCACCAGUGCAACUACAUGUAUUACUGACCCUAUAGUGUUAAUACGACCAUCUAGCCCCCCCUGGGCCCCUCAUACCUCCAUAAAUAUAGUAAAAUUAUUACUGUAUUCAAGCCAGAAGCUGUAAAUAUGCAUGCUGUUAGACUCAGGAAAAACAAGCAGUCUGCUGACAUGUUUUUUCUUCAAGCCAAUCAAGCCAAUUGUUUACAUAGUUUUGUUUUGUUUCAGGCUCAAGAUAUCCAAAAAACCGUACUUAAAGGAAUUAUUAACAGUCUCUUAAGAGAAUGGAAAGGGUAAGUGUAGUAUUAUUUAAUUAAAAGGAUUGAUUUGUGUAAUAUAAAAUAUACAAAAUGGUUAAGCUUCUAUAAGGGGGAAAUAAUGCUAACUUGAUGUUCUGGAGACAUUUAUAAACGUCUAAACCACUCAACUUUCGUUGUUGCCGUCUAUUGUAAAAUUAAAAAAUGAACACAACAUGUAAACUGUUUUCAUGAUUAUUUGGUUUGUGACAUUACUUUAGUUUAACUUCGGAGGCCAAAAGGUAGACCCCAGAACUACAUCUCCUGUGGUGCUUUGCCAACCUUAAUAAAUGACAAAACUUACUGUGAGAGUUUGACUGCAGGUGAUCUAUCAGCUCAUCAACACGGUGAAGCAAAGUUACUUUUUUACUAUAUUUUUAUGCAAGAAAAUAAAUCUGUUAUAGUAUUUUGUGAUUGCAGUCAAACACAUAGUUGUGUUUUGGAUAUAUGUCUGUUUGUAAAAGGGAAGCAUUAAUGUUUUCCCCUCUUCUCCUAAUACUCAUGUGAUGAAUGUCCAUUAGGUUUCCAAAAUGUUAACAAGGGUAUUCAGUAGCCCAGAAAGUUUAAAGAAUUCAGGUGAGAUUUGCUAAAUAAAGCCAGAACAGCUGAACUGGGAAAAGGGGGCAUCUUUUCCUCCCUCCUCCCAACACACACUUUAUUAUGGCCUAAAAUGUGCAAUUUCCAUGUCCGUUCUCCACUGUUCAUGAUAUACGUAAUAACCAUGUGAGCUUACAGGUCACCCAGCUCAAUUAAUCCCUGUAAAAUUUAAAUGUAAAAUCUUCAUAUAUAACAUGUUAAGCUGACUCAACUCAAUAGGUGGAUUAUAUAUUAUUAAAUAUAUUUAUUUUCUAACUGUCUUUUAUCUAGACCCAGAACAAAAGAUGACCUCAGAGCCUACUUUAUCUUAACACAGGUAACACAAUUUGUGGGUUUGGUUUUUGUCUGCUAACCUGAAUAUAUGUUUGAAGAAAAUUGUCUAUUAUUUCAUUACUUUAUAAAAUGCAUAAUGUGAACUUGGUAUUAAUGGUUAUUGUGGGGUUCUCUACACAUCAUAAAUGCUGAAUAUUGCUAUUUUCUGAACCCUGAGAUGGCUUUACUUUCUCUUAUGUACUUUUAACUGUUUUGCAUUUUUAAUACAUGAUUACAAUGAUAUAUAAAAAGACCGUUUUGCUCUAAUUUUCCCUCAUACUGAAGAAAAGGGCAUUUGACUGCUGAAGUGCAAGGUAUGCACUCCGAAAGGGGGUGAAUUCUCCAUUUACCAGAUAGAAAUCACGAUAUGGUUUGCACAUGGAACAUGAAAAAAAAAACAUUACAGCAACAUACCAAUACAGUCUCAUAACAUACCACAGCAUAAAGCAUUGCAACAAAAAAAUAAAACAAAUAUAAAUACAUACAUUUUGGGGUUAUGCAUGUUUUGAAAAGUGGUCUAAAGUAUUAAAAGUGGUACAGUCACCAUGGAGACUAAUGGACAUAUUAGGCACUUUGCAUUGGUGCCAUUUCCAUGUCUGCAUAAUUUUUUCCAAUAGACAUUUUUUUUUAAAAAUACAUACUCCCCUUUAUUUGUUGUAGUUUGUAAUCAGUGCCCAGUUAAAUUAACUUAUUAAAAGGAAUAUAUAGGUUACAAAAUGCAUAUUUUUAAUUUGAACAAUUCCUUUAACAAGAAUAUACAUAUUAGUCCUUCAAAAUUCCCUUCCCAACUGCCUAUUCCUAUAUUUUCUUAGCUGUCCAGAUGAGGCCUACAGGCCCUAAAGAAUCCUUCUUUCUAUCUACUGCAAUUGAAUUAAUUCUUCAAUUUUCUUGUGAGAUACUUUUCUCACACAGGAGGCUGCUGGCAGUGGACAUGCUGUUAGCAUGAACUGGCAAUUAACAGUUGUGAACACUUCCUUUAAAGCAGAGAAAUAAAAAGAACACCAUUGCAAUUCCUAAAGUAAACACUCUGGUACAACCUUGAUAUAUCUUUUCAGGAAGUAUGUAGAGAGGCUGUAUGAUUAAUAUCUUGCGGAGAUGUGGCUAAUAGUGAUUUAUUAUGCUAUACAUACGUCACACUUACACAUUUAAUAAAGCUAACAGAUCAUGCAAUUAUAUAUAUUUUAUUUACAAAAUAUAUACAUUUAUAUUAAUUCAGCUUUUUUUCCUUUCUUAGAAUCCACAAUUCAGCAGUACGACAACCUAUGUUAUUUAUGCUCAUUUACUCAGGCAGAUCGCUACGCUUACCGAUACAGAUCACCAUUUACUAAUUCACUGGUUUAAAAAGUAAGAAUAACUCUUUAACCUUGACACAGUUAAUGGCUUUAAUUUAUUAUUAUUAUUGUCAUUUAUAUAGUGCCAACAGAUUCCGUAGUGCUUUACAAUAUUAUAAGAGGGGGGAUUUAACUAUAAAUAGGACAAUCACAAGAAAACUUACAGGAACGAUAGGUAGUUGAGGACCCUGCUCAAACGAGCUUACAGUCUAUAGGAGGUGGGGUUUAAAACACAAUAGGACCAGAAAUAGCAAUCAAAUAAGAUGGGAGUGAAUCAGACCUGGAGGAGUGAGUAGAGUGCCUUCCUUUAGGAGACAGCAGGAGACAGGUAUGUGAGGUAGAGGUUACUCUGGAAGGCCAUAAGUUUCCUAAAAUGAUGAGUUUUAAGGCACUUCUUAAAUGAUUGAAGACUAGGGGAGAGUCUGAUGGAGAAAGGCAGGCUAUUCCACAGGAGGGGAGCCACCCACAAGAAGUCCUGCAAGUGCGAUUUGGCUGUACAUGUGCAAGCAGCGGACAGGAGAAAGUCACAGGCAGAGUGGAGAGAUGGAAAAGGGGCAUACCUACAGAUCUGUGAAGAGAUAUAAUAGGGGCUAGAAUUGGUCAAUGCUUUAUAGGUAUGGGUUAGCACUUUGAAUUGACUCCUGUAUGAUACAGAAAGCAGAUGUAAGGACUGACAGAGGGGUGAGGUGUGAGAGGACUGUCAUUACAGACUGUGGCUGGGCAAUACGGUUUUUGGGAAGACCAGUUAGGACAAUGUUACAAUAAUCCAUGCAGGAAAUUACUAGAGCAUAGACAAGCUCCUUAGUAGCAUCUUGCGUAAGAAAGAGGCAGAUGCGGGCUGUGUUUUUAUGAUGGAAUCUACAGGACUUGGUAACUGGAUGUGAGACUCAAAGGUGAGGCCAGAAUCAAGUAUGACACCAAGACGCGCUUGCAAGGAUGGACUGAUGUGGGUACCACUCACUUGAAGGGAGAGCAAAAGAGGAGGAUCAGUAUUAGGAGGAGGAAAGACAAGGAGCUCAAUUUUAGAGAGAUUGAGUUUCAGAAAGCAGGAAGACAUCCAGUCAGAGACUGAAGAAAGUCCAGCAGUGACACGUUUUAGGACGGCAGGGGAGAGUUCCGGAGAGGAGAGAGAUAUCUGGGUGUCAUCGGUGUACAGGUGGUAGUGGAAUCUAAAUGAGGUAAUACGUUUGCCAAGAGAGGCAGUAUAAAGAAAAAAUAUAAGGGGACCAAGGACAAAGCAUUGGAGGACUCCAACUAAGACAGGACGAAGGGAGGAGGUAUCAUUAGAAAAGGAGACACUGAAUGAGCGCUGGGAGAAAUAAGCGGAAAACCACGAAAGGACAGAGUCACAGAGACAGAGUGAUUGAAGAGUUUGAGGGAGUAGAGAAAGCUCAACGGUGUCAAAGGCAGCAGAGAGGUCAAGAAGAAUUAGUAUGGCGUAGUGGCCUUUGGAUUUAGCUGCGAUUAGGUCAUUAGUAACUUUGAUAAGAGCAGUCUCAGUAGAGUGGAGGGGGCGAAAGCCAGAUUGAAGAGGGUCAAGCAGAGAGUUGGAAUUGAGGAAGUGAGGCAUACUGGUCAAGACAAGUCUUUUUCCAGAAGCUUUGAGGAAAAAGGAAGCAGAGAUAUAGGAUGAUAGAGGGGGAGUACGGGUUGAGAGAGAUUUUUUUCAGGAUGGGUACUACAGUGACAUGUUUAAGGCCAGCAGGGACAAUGCUAAAAGAGAGUGAGAAGUUGAAGAUGAGUGUUAAGGAAGGCACAAGACAAGGGGAGAGAGAUCUGAUAAGGUGAGAUGGGACAGGAUCAAGCGGGCAAGUGAUAGGGUGAGAGGAAAGGAAAAGCGCAGCCACCUCUUGUUCAGUAGGUGGGGAGAAAGUCAGAAGGGUAGGAAAGAAACAUAGAAACAUAGAAUGUGACGGCAGAUAAGAACCAUUCGGCCCAUCUAGUCUGCCCAAUAAAAGGCAUGAUCUACGUGUAAAAUCAAACAAGAAGUGGAGCAAUAUUUGAAAGAGAUGCCCCACCACCCUCAGUGAUACAGAUUAUUGUAAAUUAAGUUACCAGUCGGUGGUGGCACCCAAUACAGAGAUCAUAUAAUCCAAAUAGAAGAAACACUAUUAUCAAUAUAUUUUUUUUGUAUCUACGUUUGGUUGAGAAAGAGAAAGGCAGGGUGGGGAGAAUUCUUUCCUUGGCUGUUCAAUCUUGUCGGUAAAGUAGCAUGCAAAGCUAUCGGCUGUAAGGUUAGUUUGAGGAGUGGCCACAGCAGGGCGAAGAAGAGAGUUAAAGGUGUCAAACAGACACCUGGUAUUGCGGGAGCAUGAACUAAUGAGAGAGGAAAAGUAUGACUGUUUGUUUGGUUUCUCAAACCCCCUUUACGUUUAAAUUGUAAUUGAUAAAAGCUUUGGGAAACCGAUUGGUAAGAGAGGUUUGGUAAUCUGGGCUAUACUUCUAAAUGCAGGGUGGCGCUAUGAAUACCUAUUCAUAUCUAUUCAUAACAGCAGCCUGCAUUUACAAGUAUAGCCCAUAUGCCCAAACCUCUCUUACCAAAGUUGUUUCCUAAAGCUUUUGUGUAACGGAUCCUUUGUUCUCUUGCCGUUUGCCACAUAGAGAAUCAGAGGGUGAGAGUUCUGUUCUGCCCCUAGCAUCAUCACGGCCAUGGAAUAAGUAAACUGCAAAGCUGAAAUAUGUUAAAUGCAUUGAGCAGUACGAUCGAAAAUGCAACUGUUCUUGGUCCCUAGUUCUGCAUAUAUUUCUAACCCCUCGGUUACAUGUAACAAGCUUAAUGUUUAAAUUGGUAUGUCAUGAUCCAAUAGUUAUUUUUAACUGAUAGCUGCUGUUGACAAAGGUGAAAAUGUAUUGCAACAUUAAUCACAAGGUCAACAACAACAGAACUUUACAGCCCUUGUAGUGUUAUCUCCUGUCCCUUAUUGUGUGCCUAUUUUGCAAUAUACAAAGUUUCUCUCUCCAACGCCCCAGUUAUACUCCCAUAUUUCCAGUCUGUAGUUUGGCUCAGAGACGAACCUGAUAAGUGUCACGUUGGACGCAUGUGGUGUAAACAAGAGCCACACAUACACAUACCCAUACUUGCCAGUAAUCCGCACUUCACUUACUAUAGUAACAGCCGUUUAAGUGUUCAGAGCAGUGUAAUUUGUUGGCGAAAUAUAACUGAGCCAAUUUCAAAACAAUGCUACAAUAAUUGUAAAUCACUGUAAGCUGUCCCUUCUUGUUUGUAGUUAAUAUGGCAUAUUAGUCACUUCAGUACAAUGACAAUCUUAGCCAGUAAUAAAUGUAUUACUUGUAUACUUUCUCCAACUCAUUUUGCAUUCUCAGAGCGUUUCAUAUCUGUAUAAAGUCCUUGAACGAUAAUUUGUUAAGAUUACAUUGGCUUUUAUUGAUUCUUAAAUGCAUUGUGUACUUAGGUUACAGAUAGCCAUGUUUGUGUUUAUUUAGUUAUUUAUUUAUUUAUUUAUUAUUAGUGUCUGGUUUGUUGUGGGAAAAAAAUUUAGUUUUGCUUCUGAAGCCCAUCAUUUCAGCCCCUUCCUUCCAACUUUUUUUUAAAGUUUUUGCUCAAAAAUAUUGCCUCAUUUGCUGUCAAGGCAGUUUUUGGGGAACUGAGAAUCCCCAAAUCUCUGCCUAGAUCAGAGGUUAGCUAUUUAGAUAUGCUCAGCAGUGUUACAGAAAGAGGAGUGAUUCAUUGUGUGUGAGUAGAGUUGAACAAUCAAUCCCUUUCAUAUUUCAUUAUUAUAAUCAAGGACCUAUUGGAAAAUAUAUUUUUGUAUUUGGUCACUAGCAUUAUCUAUUGGUUAUACGUUUAUUUUUCUUUCUCUUUUUUUUAUUUUUUAUUUCUCUCAAUACCCACACUCCAUGGUAAUUACAUUAGAUUAUUUUGCUUAUUUAUUUGUAAUUUUUUUGAACCUUGAAAGGGGGCGUUUUUUACUGGUUGAGGAUGAUAUUUAGAACAUUUAUUCCUUUUCCUCUCUCCCUAUCCCUUGGGAUUUGAAAACAAGUUUUUCUUUUUCUUUUUUCUAUAAAUACAACUAGAAAGAUGAGUGAGACUGACUUAGCAAGAGCUCAUUGAAAAAGCUAAAUAAAUAAAAUAAAAAAUUAUACUUAAAAAUAUAUAUAUAGUUUGUCAUCAUCAGCCUAAAGAUUGUAGAACCAGUACAUUUGGCGUGUUUAACAUUAACUUUCACAUUUUUACCAUGUAAAGCCUCCCAUACAGAGAGCCAGUAAAGUGUUAAAUAAAAUACGGGAUGUCUUGUGAAUAAAGCAUAUUCUCUUUUAUAAGGAUGGCACAGAAGAGGUUCAAGCAGUUGGUUGACAGACUUCUGCAGUUUAUCUCUUUACGGCUGUUUCCUGCAAAACCUGAAGACUUUCCACCUUUGGCAAAAUGCACUUGGUGGAUUCCAUCAGCAACCAAAGUUCUAGCAUUACUAAGUACGUUUCACAUAACACAAUGAGUUUUUGUCUUUCGUUUAGCAACACAAAGAGUUGAUGCUGUACAAAAUAUUCAAGGUUACAAAUUAAAUCAGAUCCGAAUACUGGAAAAUUAACUGCGAAUAUUUGAAACUUUAUUUUGUAUGCCUGAUGAUCUAUGUGACGUGACUUAUACAGAAUUGGUUCAAAAGAAAACACUUAGGUGACAUCCAUAGGAACACUCUAAGCACCGUUAUCACCACGUUUCUGUUGUGGUUAUGGUGCCACAAGUCACCUAAAGCAGUUCCUACAGUAAGAAGUUAAACCAUUAUUAAAUGGUUUAAUACUUGUCUGAGUGCCACAGGCACAGAGUGUUCCUUUCCUAUCUUAUGUGAUAUAGCAAAUAUGGACGUUCCCAUUCUUUUUCAGCAAUGUCCCUAUAAGGACAUCCUUUACUGGCUGCGAGUGUCACAGAAGAAUGUAAGGAGUGCAGACUCCAGCGAGAACCAAUUGCAUAUCAAACUGUUCAAGAACAGCACACAACAGUGGUUAUGGUGCUUAGAGUGUCACUUUAAUGAUGAAUAAGCCAGUCUUUCUCUAUCUAUCUCUCAUGUAAAUCCAACCCAUAUCAGCAUCUGGCAUCUAUUUGCUUCAAUCAACAGCAAUGUUGCCUCUGGUCAUAAUGUAGUCAUCGAGCGUUCUCAGGAUGUCACGUUAAAAAUAUUUUUCUCACCACUCCCUCUGGUAAAAGGCCUUUACGCUUUUGGCCAAUUAGUAGAGAUUUAAGCUUUUUUUCUACUUCAUCUAUAUUGAAAAUGGAAGUGUUAUCCUGUUCACCAGAGCAACGAUAAUGCACAGAUACUUUUUAAAAUAUCAUAAAUAUGAUCAAGCCUCGACAAUUAUUGCUGAGGCGUAGUUCUAUACAUUCCUAAAUCACACGAGUUGAACUAAGUAGAUCAUGCAUACAACAAGUUUUUUGUUUGAGUGCAUACUAUUAUCAAAAUGAAUUCAUAUUUUCUCCUUAUAUGUUAGAUGGAAUAUAAGGACAUUUUUCAAACACACACACUCUCUCUCUCUCUCUCUCUCUCUCUCUCUCUCUCUCUCUCUCUCUCUCUCUCUCUCUCUAUAUAUAUAUAUAUAUAUAUAUAUAUAUAUAUAUAUAUAAUUUUUUUUUUUUCUUAUUCAUAUCCUUUUUUUUUUUUUGCACACUAACAUAAUGGAUGUGUGCCAAUGCAAAACUUAAAAAUAUAUAUUAUAAAACAUCAAUGGUGCUUUGGUGUGCCUAUGUAUGGUCCAGGGCCUGUCUGAGCUGAGCAAAUAUGCCUAAUCUCCUAAUACAAUAUGUUUAAGGCAGAAUGCAAGUAGUGCUGUGAACUAUGGGGAGAUUUAAAAUUCCUAAAAACAAGAAGUGAGCCCUCACCUUUAUCUAUGCAUAAUUAUAGACAAAAUGCUGUUUUAUUUACCCCUAAAUUUUCUUUUGUACAAAGCUUCUAACAUUUGGAUUUAAAGAAACACUUCAAGUACUAUGCUGUUAUUGUGUGGCACCUUCCUGGAAUUAUACAUGCUGAACUUUUGAACGAUUUCACUUUUAGUAUAUUUACUUUACUACCUAAGCAGAGAUUCAGAAUCCUGUUAUUUCUCUAAAAUGUUCUUGAUAUACUUCCAUACACAGUUGGUAGUAUAAAUAUUUGGUUGGAUAAAUACAUAAUGUCUCACCGUAUCUUCACAGAUGCUGCAAACACUCUCUGUAAUCCACCUUUAAUUGCUUACACGGAUUUCUACAAUUCCACUUUGGAUCAUAUUGAUCUCAUGGAAGAAUAUCAAACCUGGCAAUUUUAUGGAAACUCUCACAGGUUGGAUUUAUUUACUUUGUGUGAAUAUUUGUGUCUAUGGAUCAUAUGUAUAGAUCAAUUCUGGCCCAAAAGUAAAGCGCAAUCGCCAUGGAUACGAAAUUAAUAUUUACAAAUAGCGCCAUACAUGCCAAAAUAAUAAAAUUGUAGCAGGUAAAAUUAAAGAGACUGUGUUAUUUUAUUCUGUCCUAAUAUAUCAUAAAAUAGCAUAACAGAAAUUCCCUACUCAGUCUUCAAGGCAUACCAGCAGUCCAGGUUUUGUCUGUGUCCUCAUUGGAACAAAAUUGUGAAAUGUCUAAAUUCUAGAUAUGCUAUGUGAGUGAUGCCCAGGAUUCUAAUCCAAACUUUACUGGUCCAUGGCUGGACCUGAAACAAUCAGGCUCAACAUUUUGGUAAAACAAAUAAGUGACAUUUGCAGUGUAGCGUUUGGUUAAAGAUUGUGUCUCCAAGACACUUCCAGGGUGCAAGGCAAAAUAUUCAAAUGAGUAUUGCAAUUUCAGAUUUCCAGCUCCCAUUUCUGUAGGGUCAGUUAACAAUAGACUGCUUUAGCCUAAUGCCUAGUUGCAUGCAGCUAUACUUCUGUUCUUUUUGGAGUAUCAAGAUAUAUAUUACUAUAUGUAAUCAGACAAACCUCUCCACUCACCACACUGUAUGUAAGUGCAUUGGCCACAAGGUGGCAUCAUAUGACAAAUGAACGGAUUGCUGGGUUCUCAGGAAAUGACUUUCAGAUUGAAUGUUUUUUAAACAUUCUGUGUUUAUUGAGUUUUGUAAUCAAAAGGUAGCAUUGCAGAAAGGAAACUGUUAUUAGGCAGAUCAUUUAUAGCGUUCAACCGUUCAGAUUUAAUGUUUUAUGAUCUCUUGUGUGGCAUUAACUGAAAACCAUGCACAUUUUAAGAAUUCAGCUUAUCGUUUAAGCAAAUUCCAUUUUUGGGGGGGAAUUUCGGUGCAAUAUAAGCUAGUAUUAGUUACAAAAUACAUUUUGAAAAAAAUUGCGUAACCUAUAUAUUUAGGACAAUGCCACGUUUCAUAUCUUGAUACUGAAUAAUCAUCUAAAAAAUAAUAUCACAUAAAAUAAUUCCUAAAAAAACAACAAAACCAUCAAAAAUUGUAGCAGUAGUUCGGUUCAUCCAGAUAUUAGAGAAGUGCUGGCAAACUUUUCACUCUACGUUUCCCAUGAUGCUUAAUAAUUGUGAUUCUUAAUUAUUAGAUUCACUUCAUAUUUAGUUAUAUAAAUGGGUGCAAUCUUGUAUACAGAUUUAGAUUAUUUCUUUUUCUUACUUGUAGAUUCUCAUUUUGUCAGUUUCCCUUCAUCAUAUCCAUUGCUGCAAAAAAAGUAAUCAUUCAAAAGGAUUCAGAACAGCAGAUGAUCAGCAUUGCACGGGUGAGAAAAAAUGAUACAGUAGAAGGACUUUUGCAGGUGUAUCAGCCAUCGGAGGGAGUCUUGCAAAUAGAGUAUCUUGUAUGGUACACAUUAGUAGUGAGAGAAGGGUCAGCUUGACCGAAUUGCAGUUUUGUUUGUUUGUUCCCUAAAAUAUUUACUAAACAUCUACUGGGAAACAUCUGGUACAAGGUUAUUUGCGCAAAAAAAAAGUUAGUAAUAAGAUAAAUUUGAAUACUGUCUUUAUAUAAAUGAGUAAACAGCUUUGAAGAAUUAAACAAGAACAUGGAUGCAGAGUACAAAAUGGCGGCUUGGUGAAAAAUGUAUGCAACACUGGACGGAAAUAAAUCUUAUGACAUUGCAGAAGCUUAUUAAAACAAUGCCACAGCGAAUGUGUGCCGUAAUCAAAGCUAAAGGCCGUCCAAGGAAGCACAAACUGUCUUUUGGCCAGACAGUUUUGUGUGGGGGUGUGUGUGUGUGUGUGUGUGUGUGUAUAUGUAUAUAUACACACACACACCCACACACAGAGAUCUAAAAUAUUUUCUGCAGCACGUUUCAAAUAUAGUGUGUGUGUAUGUGUGUGUGGAUGUGUAUAUAUACAUACACACACUCACUAUACGUUUGUAGGUGUAUAACAGUCUAAAUUAUAUUUUAAAGGGUUUCUCCAAGCACCAUCACCACUUCAGUGACUUGAAGUGGUCAUGGUGCAUGCAGUCUGUAUUUCCAGUGUUUUACUUCGAAAUGCUGCACAUACAGAGAAUAACCUCUUAGCUGCCGAAGGUGUAACUCCAACUCUAGUGGCGUCAUAGGUUUGUCACCAACCAGCCCGGAACUAGAGUUGAAAAAUGAUUUGCUCUAUUUAUUAAAUACAUUUUCAUCCUUACAGCAAAGCCUUGUGGAUAAAGUGUCUCGAAGGCAAAAACCCGACAUGAAUAUGUUAUUUCUCAACAUUAAAGUCCGAAGGCUGCAGUUGGUCAGCGAUUCGCUUGAUGAGGUAAACAUACACAAUAGAGAGUCUUAUCUAUAAAUUGCUAGGAGCAAUAACUCCAUUUUAGGGCAUGAUCCCUUAAACAAAUGGCUAAUUCCAGUGUUUGCAGCCUAUCACUGCUGUCCACUGUGCUCGUUAUGUUCUCUAGUGUGUAGUGAUGCUUUCUCUUGUUUAAUGUCAGAUCACGUAGGAAUUAAUUGAGCUGCUUUUAAUUUACAAAAUGUCUGUAGCUUCCUUAACUGUUUGUAGCCAGACUACAAAAGGUAGUGAAAUCCUUAUGUCUAAUUCUAAUGCAGGUUGCUUUGUAGUUCUGAUCACUCAGUGCUCAGGAAUUUAAUGCCCGUUGAUAGCAUAGACCAUCAUGCACUAAAGGUACCAGCAGGGGUUAAAUAUUUGCUGGUACAAAGGAACCUCAGGUAUCGGUCAGUUGAGGCCACAGCUGAGGAAUGCACUUUCUAUAGAUAUAUGCUUUUGUGUAGCAGAUUUGGAUUCUGUGACUACUAUUAAAAUUGUAAUCUCAGAAUGCCAAAUUUAGCAAGGUUUUAGUUUUAAAACUGUAAUUCACUACAUGCAAUAUUUUUUUUUUUUAUAUCGUCUAAAACUUUAUUGAAAUCCUAGACUUAUUAGGAGUUUUAACAAUCCGGAAUAAUUGGUGAAUCAAUUUCGAGUUAGUCUUCUUUAAUUGCACUUGGUGUGUAUAAAUUAUUAAAUGUAAAACUAAGAAUAUUUUUUUUCUAAUUUGUCUUCUAUUUUUAAUACUCUAUUUUUAAUAUUUUUAGUUAUUCCGAUUUAAUAUUACCAUAUGUAUACAAAUAGGGUAUAAAAAAAAAAAAAGCCCUGUAUCUCCUUUAAAACAAUGAUGUGUAUAUAUAAUCUGUUUGGGUGAACCUAAACAGAAAAAUGGAAAUUGUGGUAGAAUGAAUGCAUGUCAAAAGUGCCAUAAAUGCCUUGGUCACAGACAUGUUACAUAUGCCUUGGUCCUUCAGGGGGUUACAAUUACCUAGAGUUAUUGUUAGAAUUAGUGAAUAAUUUAUGUUUAAGAUUAUACCCAAUGCUUUAAUGACAUUUUACUCAUUUUCACCUUAAUUCUGAGUUUUACAGAUCACCCCAUUUAUCACUGUAAAGCUUGUCAUUUUUAUAAAACUCUGCUAAUCUUUAACACUUGUUAAUUGACAUGGUGUUUAUUUCUUCAGCUUACAAGGAAAAGAACAGAUUUGAAAAAAAAGUUGAAGGUGACAUUCGUAGGUGAAGCUGGUCUUGACAUGGGGGGUCUGACAAAGGAAUGGUUUCUUCUCCUAAUCAGACAAAUUUUCCAUCCGGACUACGGUGAGUCUAGAGUAACUUUACAGGGAAUAUUUCUAUAGCCAAGCUGCAUAAAAGAGGAAUAUAUUAUAUUUCUUUUAAUGGUCGCGUCAGUGCAAUCUAAAGACUUAGGCCCUGAUUUAAUUAAUUUUGGACAAGUUGUUCUAUUGAUUUAGUAUUUUUCAAUAAAGUUUUAACAUUAUUUUUUCCAAAUAUUAAAAAAAACUUAAAUUUUGAAAAAAAAAUAUUUUAAAACUGUAUCCAAAAUUAUGUAAUACAUUUGAAAAGCUCAUCUUAAAAAUAUUGAAUUGUGGCUUUAAUGUGUAGGGCCAGAUACCAAAGUUCCCACUAAGAAAGAGAGUGUUAGAACUGAAACGGUUAUGAAGGGAAUCAUAAAAAAACCUGCUGUUCCUACAUAAACUGGCAAGUGUUGACUUCUUAAAUGUUCCUUUUCUGUUUCAGAGCAUGGCCAUUCAUAAAGACAUGCUUAAAGGGAACACCGCUAAAACCCGAUCACAAUAUUUAUUAACAUAGGAUUAUUUUAGAUUCGGAUUGCAUUUUACAUCCACAGUUAAGGUCCUUUCUUGGCCUCCAGUGUAUACAUAUGAUCUCACAUCAUCUAGAAUACAAUGUAAAACAACCUAAAUUUUCUAAACAAUUCCAAUAAAUGUCCACUGAACAACAGAUUUAUUUCUGCAGUCCUGGAAGCCUUGCAUUUUAUAUUUACAAAUGGCUACUACUGAUGCAUCCUGUAUGAUAAUUACACCACUAGACAGUAUAAGUACCAUUUUUAUUAAGUGUACUUUUCUUUAACAGGUAUGUUUACGUACCACAAGGACUCAAACUUCCAUUGGUUUAGCAGCUUUAAAUGUGACAACUAUUCAGAGUUUCGGCUGGUUGGAACUGUAUCCUUUUACAUUGCCUGAAAACGUGUAAUCGCUCAUAUGCUGUUGCUAUAUAACUUGUAUAGGAACCAUGAAUUCAACAUCAUAUUUUUAGAGAAAUAAAUAAAGUAGUCUUUGUGGUUGCUCCGUAUAUUGUAUUGCAAAACAUAACUGUUUAUACUUAACAUUCCAAGUUGAUGGGGCUUGCUGUAUACAAUAGCAUCACGUUGGACAUUCGCUUCCCACCAUGCUGUUAUAAGAAGCUGUUGAGCCCACCAAUCGUUCCUUGUGACCAGAACAUCCCUGUAGGAAUUGGAUCUGUCACUUUAGACGAUCUCUAUCAGAUCAUGCCUGUGAGUAUUAGCUCUAUUUUAUCUCCACUAUGAUGAGUGACUUGAGAGCACUGCAAUUGGUCCAAAUAGAGUAGGUGAAUUAACAUUUAUGCCAAAUGUUUUUAUUGGACUAAACAAAUUUUGGCAUGGUAAGCAUUUGGGAGAUCCUCCAUUUUAUCAAGUGCUUCAAGUUCAUGAUUUCCAAAAUGUUUGUAAUUUCAAAAAUUCUGUUAGUCCAAUAGAAAAGGCAUUUAAAGGUACAGUGGUUAUUUAAUAUGUUGUUAUCUGCAUCACUAGACUUAUAAAGCUACUAUUUUGUCUAGUCUUUACAAAAAUAAGAGCCUUGGUAGCGUUAACGUAUGCACCUUCAUGUUGACUAUCUGGACAACUCAUUUAUCUCGCUUAUCUCAUUAUCACACAUAUCGAGGCCCAUUCAGUGGAAAGAAAGACAGACACAUUAUGUAGGACAACAUGGCAACUACGCACAGGACUGUUUAGGCUGUGUGUAUGAAUGUACCUAAACAUGGGUAACAGGUAAAUGGUUCAAUACCAAAUUCCACUGCAGAGUUUUUAAGUGGCACUUACAGGGUUAUUCAUUCAAAUUUUAGGCUAAACUGGGGGGUGAGGUGAGGGGGAUUUACAUAGCAUAGGCUCCAACUUUAACAAAAUAGAUACUUUUCAGUUUCUUUAAUCUUUUGGUCUUGCAUUAUUCACAGGUUGUUUUUGUUGUUUUGCUGCUGCCGUUUGGGUUAGAAUGAAACUUUGUUAUAGUGAGCAUCUUACUUUCUUUUUAUUUUACACUCACAACUCAUAUCUUACUCAAUUUACUACAUAGAAAGAUAAAGGGUAGCAGAGAGAUACAUUACAAAUGAAAACAAAGGGAAGUGGUGGGAGUUUGACAAUGUAAUCUGUGUUCUAGGUCAAGGUGGCCAUAGUCACCAGAAGCUCUCUACUCUCAAUCAAGCCAAUAACAUAAGAGCUUUAAUGUCCCAGGAAUACUUUAAUGCAAAGAAGUCUGUGGUCUUUUUACAUCUUUAAAUGCAUGUUUACUUCUAUUCUGUAUAGCUCUCAUAUACACCUCUAUUAAAAGUAACAUAAAUUGCGUACGUGUCAAUAGCUUGGGAAUUAAUUUUUCAGUUGUAAAAUUAGCUCCGUGACCUAUCCAUGAUUUAUAAUGUAAUAUUUACUAAAUUGAAUUAUGCUUAACGCCUUCGUUAGGCUGCUUUCAGGCAUUGUGAUCUCAAAUUAGAGGGGCAAAGGUUUAAAAAUAAUAUCAGGAAGUAUUACUUUACUGAGAGGGUAGUGGAUGCAUGGAAUAGCCUUCCAGCUGAAGUGGUAGCGGUUAACACAGUAAAGGAGUUUAAGCAUGCGUGGGAUAGGCAUAAGGCUAUCCUAACUAUAAGAUAAGGCCAGGGAUUAAUGAGAUUAUUUAGAAAAGUGGGCAGACUAGAUGGGCCGAAUGGUUCUUAUCUGCCGUCACAUUCUAUGUUUCUAUGAAACUGCAGUACAUGACUUAGCUCAUUAACUGAAAGCGCUCAAGUAACAGCUGAGAGGCUGCAGUUGGGGAGGCAACUGCUGCCCUAGAGGAGUCAAGGUAAGUUGCCAAACUGUUCUUAAAGAGACUUCUUACUAUGGGAGGCUGGCACCAGUUGUCUGCAGUGGUAAUGGUGUAUGGUGUGUUGUUUUAAGAGAAGUUAUAACAGGGUAACUAUAAGGCCACUUAUAGUAUAAAAAAAUAAUAAAUUUGUAAAUAAAUGUUCACAUCCUAGGAGCUUGCACAUGGACUAAAUGAACUUCUGACUUAUGAAGGCAACGUGGAAGAAGACUUUUAUUCAACUUUUCAGGUCAGUUACCAUCACAUGUUGAAUUAUAUAAAAUAGGUUUUGCUAACCCAAUACAUUUACUUUAAAACCAAAUUUCUUAUUUGUUAUGUAUCAACUGGUUUCUUAGGUAUUUCAAGAAGAAUUUGGGCUGAUUAAAUCAUACAACCUAAAACCAGGAGGUGAUAAAAUUCCAGUGACCAAUCAGAAUAGAAAAGGUAAAGAAUAACCCAUCAUUUAUCUUUUCUCUGCAAUCAUUCAACAUCACGUUUCAUUCCUAAUGGUGUUGUAUUAAUUUAUUGUGACCCAGAAUGCAUUUGUUUUCUUCUUCUAGAAUACGUGCAACUGUAUGUUGACUUCCUCCUCAAUAAAUCAAUCUACAAACAGUUCUCAGCAUUUUACUAUGGUUUCCACAGUGUUUGUUCAUCAAAUGCAUUAAUGGUAAGUUGUUUUGAGGGAGAAAUGUUUAUCCAGUUAAGUACAUAAACGUUGUCUGCUUUUGAACUUUGUAAGGAUACAUAUAGAGAGAUACAUAUAUACUCUAUGCUAAAAUUGUCUCAGAUCCUCAAGAACUCAUUACUCCGGUUGUCAUCCCUCAGUUCAUCUGACCUGAUUCCAUCUGAAUGCACUAACUCCCCUAUUAGUCACCUUAUCAGUUUUGUUGAGGAUAAAUAUAUAUCAUUGUUCAAUUAAACUUUGUUGUCAAUGGUUUGUUAAAUAGUUUACAGUGAUUUUUCUUUAGUCUAACACAAGAAUAGGCAACCUUUGGGAAUCCAGACGUUGUGGACUACAUUUACCUUGAUGCUUUGCCAGCAUUAUGGCUGUAAUAUUAUUUUGGGAGAUGUAGUCUGAAGUGCCAUGGUUUAACAUGAUUUAUCCUGAAAGUAUUAUACGUAACUAUAUAGCAACUCUAUGACUGUAUUAUUAUUUUCAUUCAUUAUAUAAUUUUUAGUCAAUGUAAAAUAUUCAAGAUUAUAUUCUAUAUAAGAAAUCAUUUUUUUUUUUUUUAUAUAUAUAUAUAUAUAUCAUGCACACUCAACCUCCCUCCCUUUUAAAGCGUUUUGUAGUGGUUAUGAUUGUAGACCUGCCUUGGUGCUCAAAUAUUCUACAUAUUCAAGCUAUUUAACAGUUUGACAACAUGUCUGAAGUGGGCCAGGCACCAUUCAUCUUCUUCAUUGAGCCAGAAGAAAGGAACUUCAGUUGGCCUAUAGGGGCAGCUCAUUGGCUUAACACCUCUAACUCUCAACCAAUGAGCAUCACCGGGCUUAACUCAAUGUAGAGAUAUUCUAGCUCUCAAAGAUUAGGUAACUGGUGCCUGGUGGAUCCAAGAUAAGUUGUCAUUGCCUUGCACUAUAGAAACUUGUAGUGAUUAUGGUGCAUUUUCAUUUUUUAUGAAUAUAGCUUCAGCAUAUGAACAUAGAUUGCAUAAGUCUUCCACAAUGCCAGUGUACCCCAUUUAAUACCUGUUUUUAUAAGAUUACACCACCUUCUUGGGGCACCUAUUCUCCUAUAUCUAUUCCAGAAAGCAUGAAUACAACAGAUUAGUAUUGCUUCAGACUGGCAAACUAGACCAGCAUUUCCCAAUUAGUGUUGGAGGUUCCACUGCGAUUUGCCCAUUGGGUGGCCCUAAUACUUUUGGGCCAAGGUUAAUAGCACGGCCGGGCCCCUAUGGUAUCGGAUGCUGGGAGGAAGUGUCAGCCUGUUACUUCCUCCCAGACAUAGACCGCGCCGAGCAGGAUGGAGAGAGGCAGCAGCCAGCAGCACUCCAAGCAAGACACCCUCUUGCAGGAAAAAAAGUAACCUAACAGGAGGGUGACUGCAAUUAGAAAAAAUGUGACUUGUGUGUGUAUGUCUCGGUUUGUCAAGAUGUGCAUCUAUCACCGUGUGUAUUUGAGUGUCAGUGUCUGUGACAAUGUGCCACUCCGAUGCACACUCUCAGAUACACACACUAAUACACAGAUAUACACACAGUGUGUUUAUCGGUCAGUGUAUGUAUCAGAGUGUGAUUGUGAGUGUGUGUCUAUCUUUGUGCCAGUGUGUAUCUCUGUGUAUACCAGUGUGUGUGUAUAUCUUUGUGCCAGGGUAUCUGAGUGUGUAUAUCUGUGUGCGUGUAUAUCUGUGUGUAUCUGUGCAAGUGUAUGUGACCCUAUUUAACGCGUGAUACGGCAAAGGUGCUUGUCCGUGCCGCUCUUCUCUCUCUCCUUGACUACUGUAAUCUGCUUCUCAGUGAUCUUAAGUGUUCCCAAUUUGCCUCGUUACAGUCUAUAAUGAAUGCGACGGCAAGGGUCAUCUUAAUGUCCGCCCACGCCUCCCCCUUUGUCAGACCCUAUAUUGGCUUCCCAUAAGAUAUAGAAACGGUCAUCAAAAUAAAACUCUAAGCCCUCAAUGAAUACUAUCCUAGCAACCUACUUUUCUACACUACCCUUACAUUUUGUGUCACUACAACCCACUCCCUCUAGCAUGUAAGCUCAUUGAGCACGGCCCUCAAUCCCUCUGUUACUGUGUGUCCAACUUGUCUGGUUACAAAUACGUAUCUGUUAGUCCACCCAUUGUACAGUGCUACAGAACUUGGCGCUUUAUAAAUAAUAAUGUGUCAGUGUGUAUAUGAUGGCAUGCAUCAGUGUGUUUCUAUGUAUCUUUUUGUUUGUUAAUGUGGAUGUAUAUCUGUGUAAGUGUGUAUGUGCAUACAUCCCAGCAAUAAAACACAACAUGCAAACACGACAUACAAAGACACCACUGAACUCCAACUCUAAAGUUAUAUACAAACACUCAAAACACAUCCUUCACUCAAACACCAAUUCUACACACAAAUGUAAAUGUGCAUUUAAAAUCCAACAUUACAUCUAAACACACCACUACACGUAAAUGCAAGCAUAACAUACAACCAUUAAAAUGCUAAAAUUAUAUACAAACCCCAACUCUACACACAGAGCCACACCUGCUCCUAAGUACUGCAAUCUGUUUACUACUCUUUAGAAAUUUGAUAAAGAAAACAUUUACGCUCUGUUAAUUAAAAGGUUUGUGCUAUGGCACUACGUGUGUUGGUACACUAUGUCAAGGGGUUCCAUUGGAAAAAUGAUUUGGGAACCCCUGAACUACACUAACAAUUCAACAGCCACUGCCAAUGUCAGUUGUAAAAUUCUGUAAAUAUGUUUUUAAAUUAUACUACUAUUAACUCCUUAUUUGGAACCUAUAGCAUUAUGGAUACAAUGAGCAUCAACCAUAAAUGGUAUCAAACUGCGCUGGCAGAGGGGCAUUAAGAGCUGUGGAAUUUAGAGAGUUAUAUGGGCUUAUUUUAGUUAGUACAAUGGGUUGUUUUUACAAGUCAGCACUCUUGACUUGACAAUUGUUAACACGUUUGGUUAAAUGUUUAAUCAGAGAUCUGGAGGCAAUAUUUAAUACAGGAUUGCUUUAGUGACUCACUCCUUCCUCUGCCAUCAUGCUUAGAGUGAACUGAGGGACUGUACAAAAAAAGUGUUUUAAGACGGCCGAAUAAACAAACAGCAGACAGACUGAGGUUUCUUGUAAAACAGAAAAUAUUUGAAAUUGGGUUAAAGAUUGUUUGAACUUAGGAAUGUUAUGUUACUGAAGAAGUGCAACUCGGUAACCUUCAUUAUCCAGCCUAGAAUUAUCAUGUGAAUUGUGUCUAAAUUCUGUACACAUUCCUUGCACAUGCACUCAUUAAAUGGCAAAGAAUGCACAGCUGACACUCUUAGCCAGUAAAUAAACAUGAAUAAUUAGCAACAAAAUAAUUAGGGUGGUGCUGCAGGACUCCUAUCAUUAUAUAUUGAUCUAGACAGUGAGGGUGGUACAGCAUGACUCCUAUCAUUUAUACAUUGAGCCAGACAUCAAAGGUGGUACAGCAUGACUAUUAUCAUUUUAUAUUGAUCCAGACUUGAUUUUUAUUAUAUUUAUAUAGUGCCAACAUAUUCCGUAGUGCUGUAUGGGUGGACUAACAAACAUGUAAUUGUAACCAGACAAGUUUGAUGCACACAAACAGAAGGGUUGAGGGCCCCGCUCAAUGAGCUUACAUGCUAGAGGGAGUGGGGUAAAAUGACACAAAAGUUAAGGGAAGUAUUAGGGAAGUAGAUUGGUAGAAUAGUACUCAAUGAAGACUUAGUGUGGAUUUUUAUAUAUUGAUCCGGACCUUGAGGGUGGUAAAGCAUGACUCCUAUCAUUAUAUAUUGAUCCAGACCUUGAGGGUGGUACAGCAUGACUCCUAUCAUUAUAUAGCGAGCCAGACAACGAGGGUGGUACAGCCUGACUCCUAUCAUUAUAUAGCAAUCCAGACAUUGAGGGUUGUACAGCAGGACUCCUAUCAUUAUAUAGUAAUCCAGACCCUGGGGAUGGUAUAGCAGGCCCCUGUGGGAAAAUUGCCCUUGUGCCCCACUAUCCCACCACUUAACACAAAACCACACAAAACUACCAGUGCCAUGCAUGCUCCAGCUUUUCACAGUGACAUAUUUAUCCCAUAUCAUUUGCCAAAGUGCCUACUUAGCCCCACAUUGCUUCCACAGCACCAGUUUGCCCCCUAGAACCAUUGCCACAAAAACAGAUUGCCUACAUAUUAACUUUUAUUUUGUUGUUCCCUCCCCCUCACCACCCUCCUGUGGUACUUCACUUUACCAACCAGUCAAAGCUUCCUUGUGAAUGACAACCAGAUUGCAUACAUAUUUAAAACAUUUAUUUCACACCCUGCACACCUUCCUUUUUGAGGUGUUGAUGAGGUUCCCUGGUGGUGGUCCAAAUAGGCGCUUUCUCCGGCUGUUUUUUUUAUUUUUUUUACUUGCUCCUCAUGAGGUUUGCAUGAGGUUUUUCAUAUGCAUACCUAAAAAAAAAAAAAAAAAAAAGUUACAUUUUGAAAAACUAAAAACUAAAUGGAUAUACAGGGACAAACAAGUAUUAAUUUAAAGCCAAAACCUGUCAGGAGUGUCCUGGUUCUGACCCACUGUAAUUUGUCAAUUUGUUCUAAAAUGGGGUGACAACUUACCUGGGUCCCCCAUGUUGCAUUCCAUAUUCUUCAUCCUUACAAGGCAAAUAUCUCUCUGCAGCCUAACCACAGCCAAUACAGGACCUCGCUUACUAGCUGAGAGUACUCAACUGACAAUCUAAGUCAAUGAGCAUGACCCUGCUUAGUACAGUAGAGUUAAGGGGAUUCUUCUGCAGGGAGAAUCUGGAAGCAGAGUCUGGACCCAUGGAGCCUAAUGAGACUCAAAUGAGUUUCCAGCAGGCUGUAAUGGUUAUGGUACUUGGAAUGUUCCUUUAAGCAUAGAUAAGUUUCCACAUAUGGACCCUUCCGCUUUUUUUUGGCACAUAGGCUUAACUUCUAUUGUUUUUUUUUUUUUAACUAAAUGAAAAUAAAGUUUAAAUAAAUAAGUAUUUCCGAUUUUUUUUAAGCUACUGCGCCCUGAAGAAGUGGAGAUUCUUGUUUGUGGAAGUCCUGAGUUAGAUAUGCUCGCACUCCAGAAGAACACCCAGUAUGAUGGCUAUUUGAAAACGGACCUCACUGUAAGGUGAGCUCACACAAAUUUGUAACUUUGAGUGCCAGAGGAUAGUACAAGGGAUUGCAAAAUGGGAUGAACCACCCUUUCACAUUCCUUAAUGCACAUCGAUACGGUACCUUCAGGUGGAAUAAACACUUGAUUACAAAUUUACUUCUUUAUUGGAAGGUACAGUCAGACCUUCUCGGGGGAGUGGGAACCAUUUUGAAGGCUUCACCCAUUCAGAUGGUUAACAUCACUGAUCACUUAAUAAAUUUAUUUUUAUAAUUACAAAGUUACCAAUGGUUGUUUCCAAAGUUACCAUUUGACUUUAAUGUUUUUUUUAGGAUGAUUUAUCAAAUGUGAGAAACAUCACUAUUUUUUGGCAAAGAAUUACGAAUACAUAUAUUUGGAGUUUUUUGUUCCAAAGCACAUGGUUUUUGUGGGGGGUUUUCUGUACAUAUUAUCUGCAGCACUGACUGGUCUUCACAGAUUUUUUGUUUUUCUCCUAAUGCUUUUGUCAUUGUAAUUUCUACAUGGCAAUAUCAUAUGUAUACUAAUCUGACUAAAAGAUAAUGCAAUAUAAAAUAAAAUCCUUUGCUAAUGUGGACAUUUUGUAGGUUUCUGUCUUGAGCAUUUUGUUCAGAUUCAGCAACCUUUAAAUUUAAAGCGGCACUUUCAUGCCGAACUUACCUUUCCCCCAGGGCCGUCUUUAAUAUGGAUUGGACCCUGGGCAAACAUUUGCUUGUGCCCCCUGAACCCGGUCGUCCCCUCACUGGCAUGCAAUCAUGCCCCCCACCCCAACGCAGAGGCGGACGUAAAGUAGAGAGGGCUCUGGUGCAUGAAUUAUUUUGGGCAAGAGGGGGCAAAAGGUAGAUCCCCAUCUGUCAUGCAACUCCAACAAUGCUUUGACAGCUGGGGCGCUACCAUUUUCCCAUGCAUGCAGGGUUAUAUUUAGCACUGAGCAGCAUUUGUGUGUUUGAGUGUAAGCAUGUUUUUGUAUGGAGUAUGUUUGUGUGAAUGUAGGGGUGUGUUUGUAUGUGGAGAUGGCAUUUAAAUGCAAGUAUGCAUUUAUGUGUAGUGUUGGUUUAUGAAUACACUGGUGUGUUUAUAUAUAAUUUUGUUGUUUAAAAAAAAGGUGUGUUUAUAUGUAGUGUUGAAGUUUGAAUGCAGGUGUGUAGUGUUGAAUGCUGAGAUGUAUGCACAAAUACACAUGCACUGUCACAAACACACACACUGAUACACAUACACACAAAGAAACACUUGCAGAUACACAGAUAUACACAAUCAUACAGAUGCAGCUAUACAGACACAUUUACACACACUGACACACACAUGCAGACACACAGAUGCAGAUACACUGACAACAUACAAACAUACAGACACACAGAUACAUAACCUGACAAAUGCAGAUACACACAUUGGCUACAUACAGAUACAUGCACAGGUAUACACACACACAGAUACAUACAUACUAACAACAUACAGAUACACACAGACAUACAUACUGACACACACACAGACAUACAUACUGACACACAGACAGACGUACAUACUGACACACAGACAGACACUCUUCAGUUUCCUACCUUUGAAAGAGGCAUCCUUCCCUGGGGUCCAGUGUGCUGGCUGGGGUAGUUGGGGUCUGGCUCUUCUUGCUCCCCCUCCUCACUGGAUGCUGGCUCAGCAGCCUCCCGGAAGGCCCGAUGUCUUUGAGGUGGGAGGAAGUGAUUCGCGGACGUCACUUCCUCCCAUGCAGCCGUUAAGCAAGGACCCGGUCGCGCUGUUAAAGGGCCACAGCGCCGACCGGACCCCUGCUGGAACAUGCUCACUGGGUGGCCCUAAAGGUAUGGGCCACCCGGUGGGCCUCCUUAGUGUGCGGUCCCCGGUGCAGCCGCAAUACUAGCACCGCGGGCCCAUUAGGUAGGGAAAUAUUUAAAAAAUAAUAAUUUUUAUUGCAGGCGACGGGGCCCACAGGGCAGCUGCUUUGGGCCCCCCAUGAGUAACUGGGCCCAGGGCAGCUGCCCCGUUUGCCCCUCCUUAAAGACGGCCCUGCUUUCCCCAAUCGCUUCCUCUUCUCUCCCUCUGUCAGGAUCUGUUCUUCAUUUCUUCCUAUCAGCUCUAGUUUUUUUAAAACAUAAGACAAAGACUAUUUUGUCUUAUGUAUUUUUUCUACGCUUGGGCCAAAGUUUGGCAUGACAGUGCCGCUUUAAACAUUUAAAAAAAUGUUUUAUUUAUAUUGGGAAAUUUUCAAGCAAAAAAAUGCAUCUCUUGAUCAAGAGACCAUUAAAUGAGUAACAGAUCAAAACAGCUCAUGCAAUACCAAAUGGUUUGGAAAGGUUACAAAAUAAUGAAUUGUACAAGUCAUGGACAAAGUACUGUUUUAAUAUCCUGUAUUGCAUAAUGCAGUAAUUAAUUCAUACAGGCUAUUUACAAAGUAAAAGUUUAAACAUUUUUAAAAUUAGAUCAGAAAAUAUGCAUUUCCAAACGGCACUAUGAAUUGUUCUCUGCCAUUUUAAGCAGUCAUGCCCAUGGAUUUUGGUGCUAGAUUUAGCCAUUUGGCACACGUAGGCUCAAAACCUCAGAAAAAGUGCCGAAACGUGUUAACAUGCCCCUUAUUUGUGCCCCCACAUUGUGUCCUAAUUUGAUUUUGUUUUCUAAUUAAGGAUAAUUUUAAUCCGCUUGAUUGAGUCCAACAAUUCUGUCCUAGAUAUAGAACCCGGCACUGGUUAUGUAUUUUAUCAAUACAACAUGCAACUGAAGCCCAUUAGAGAAGAGGUGGUUACUAAAACAAAUGUUGUGGGUGGGUAGGGUGGUCAUUCUGUUAUUAAAAUGUCCCCCCCAUGUUUAUUUUAAUAGCGCUUCCACUUGCUAACCACAGGUGGGGGUUGGAGGGAGGACAAUGACCUGUCCAUCCUCAUAAUUUAAUUUUAAGCACCACCUGAUGCCAACGGGUGAUUGACGUGUGAUAGGUCCAAUAGCUGGCAGAUGCUAGAUUUAAUUGGUGAGCAGCCCCCGGAUUAAGUAGAUAUGACCUCAUAGUGGCACAGCAAGGGGAAAAGGAACUCCCGCUUCCUCCUCCCUACCCCUUUUUAUAUUGUGGCGGUUGUCUAGUGUUAUUCAAGGGGUUUUUUUUUGUUUGUUUUUUUACUAUUGCUAGUGCUGUUAGAAUCCAGAUACUACUGCGAAGUAACAUUCACUUGUAAAAAAGCAAGUUUACUAUAAUUUGGAAAUGUGCAUGCUACUGGAUGCAUUUGGUCCCAAUUUUAGUUCAAAAUCAGUGCUUUGUAAAUAUUCCGGAUUAUACAUUUUUUUUUGUAUAACAUCAGUACUUUUCACAUCUGGCUGAAUGUUGCAAAUUUGCUUGGACUGACUGAAUUUUUAACCACAAUUCGCUUUAGUAAAUAUGAGACUUACUGUUCCAGUUGGAAUUAAAGCAUUGUCACAAAAUUUUGCCGGUCGGUUGAGUGCAUAACCCUGCACGUGUGUCUCUGUAAUAUCUUAGCAUUAUUACCUAGAAGUACAGCAAAAGGUGUGUUAUACUUAUGUCUGCUGCAUACCUCACCCCAGUAAACACUGAACACUCCAAUCAAAAUAACCCCUACAGAGAGUUGUAGUGGUUAUGGUGCUUGGAGUAUUCUUUUAAAUUGCCUAUUGAGUUGGGGAAAAGAGGAAAAGAGUCGGCAAUAAAAAUGUGAUAUUCCUUUGAUCAUGGGUAAAGGCAUUAUACACAAUGCACAAAUGGGAAAAUGAUUGUUAGGUGCCACAUCAUUUUAUAUAUAAGAUCUCAACAUGGAUGAAAAUUUUGUUUUAUUUUUAUACGAUUCCGAAAUUGCCGUUUACCUGUAACAAUUGGUAAAGAAGAGAAUGUAAUUAACUAUUUAGGAUUUCUCUGUUAAAAUGGAGGUAGUAUUAAAUGCGACAUGACAUUUGCAUGGGCAGCAAAAAAAAAAAAAAUCACAUUAUUAGUCCAUUUUAUACAUGAAGGUUAGCAUAUGCGAUCUAUUUGUAUACAUUUUAAUCUCCAAUGCCUUUUGUGUGGGUAGGCUAGCACAGAUGGUAUGAAACUGAACCAUUUAAAUAUGAUGCUGAACUCUGCAUCACCCUCUGCAUUUUCAACAUUCCCCUGCUUGGCCGUGCUUUGAAAAGACAAGGAGCAUAAAGAGAGGGGGUUGAUGCUAAUUUUAUUGGAGCAGAAAAUCACAAUAAUAGGCUCAGGAGGCAAGAUGACUACAGCAAAUUCAUGUAAUACAAACCCAGCGUGUGUGUGUGUGUUUCCUUCCGCAGACACUUUUGGGAUGUGGUCCUAGGAUUUCCUCUUGAGCUUCAGAAGAAGUUACUACAUUUUGCUACAGGAAGUGACAGAGUACCAGUGGGUGGAAUGGCAGAUUUAAACUUCAAGCUUUCCAAGACUGAAACAUCCACUAACUGGUAAAUGGGUUUUACAUGUUGUUUCCUUUUAAUUCUCUUUAGUAGAUAGAGCUUAUAUGUGGAAAAGAGACAAGAGGACAUCUGAUUGGCAUACAUGUAAUCCCACACCCUUUGCUUACCUGUUCUGCUGGUAGGGCAUCAUGGCGUUCCUUCAGUCUGUACAAACAGGUAGAGGCAAGGCAGAUCUGUUCCAUAGACUGUGCGGGUCUCAAUUUUACUUUCCAGUAGGUGAAAGAGGGGUGCAAUGGAUGUAGAACUUCUGGGCACUUUGGAAAUCCAGUGCUCCAUCACAGCUGCAUUCCCAGGUCUCCAGUUCAACCAUAAAAUGUGUAAAAAUGUAUAAAUCGCAAUAACAUAUAGCAUGAAAACAGUGUUAGCAAAAGGUUCUGUUAUAUAUAGUGAGAGAAAAAAGUAUUUGAUCCCCUGCUGAUUUUGAACGUUUGCACAAAUGACAAACAAAAAUCAAGAAAAACGCAUGUCAAAAAAGUUAAAAAAAAGAUUUGCAUGUCAAUGAGUGAAAUAAGUAUUUGACCCCUUCGAUUUUGUGAUUGCCAACAAGGGUUUUGCCACCAAGUACUGAGGUCAGACGUUUCUUGUAGUUGGCCACCAGGUUUGCACACAUCUCAGAAGGGAUUUUGUCCCACUCCUCUUCUAUUUGGAGAUCCUCUCCCAAGUCAUUAAGGUUUCAAGGCUGACAUUUGGCAACUCGAACCUUCAGCUCCCUCCACAGAUUGGGAUUAAGGUCUGGAGACUGGCUAGGCCACUCCAGGACUUUAAUGUGCUUCUUCUUGAGCCACUCCUUUGUUGCCUUGGCUGUGUAUUUUGGAUAAUUGUCAUGCUAGAAUACCCAUCCCCGACCCAUUUUCAAUGCCCUGGCUGAGGGAAGGAGGUUCUCGCCCAAGAUUUGACGGUACAUGGCCCCGUCCAUAGCCCCUUUGAUGCAGUGCAGUUGUCCUGUCCCCUUAGCAGAAAAACACCCCCAAAGCAUAAUGUUUCCACCUCUAUGUUUGAUGGUGGGGAUGGUGUUCUUGGGGUCAUAGGCAGCAUUCCUCCUCCUCCAAACACGGCGAGUUGUGUUGAUGCCAAAGCGCUUGAUUUUGGUCUCAUCUGACCACAACACUUUCACCCUGUUCUUUAAAUCAUUGUCAGAUGUUCACUGGAAAACUUCAGACGGGCCUGUACAUGUGCUUUCUUGAGCAGGGGGAUCUUGCGGGCGCUGCAGGAUUUCAGUCCUUCACGGUGUAGUGUGUUACCAAUUGUUUUCUUGGUACUAAAGUCCCAGCUGCCUGGAGAUCAUUAACUAGAUCCUCCUGUGUAGUUCUGGGCUGAUUCGUCACUGUUCUCAUGAUCAUUGAAACUCCACGAGGUGAGAUUUUGCACCAACUGUUCUCAAAAAGCUGCUUGGCGAUGGUCUUGUAGCCCGUUCCAGCCUUCUGUAGGUCUACGAUCUUGUCCCUGACAUCCUUGGACAGCUCUUUGGUCCUGGCCAUGGUGGAGAGUUUGUAAUCUGAUUGAUUGCUUCUUUUAUACAGGUAACGAGCUGAGAUUAGGAACACUCCCUUUAAGAGAGUGCUCCUAAUCUCAGCUCAUUGCCUGUUUAAAAGACACCUGGGAGCCAGAAAUCUUUCUGAUGGGGGAUCAAAUACCUUUUUCACUCAUUGACAUGCAAAUCAAUUUAUAACUUUUUUGACAUGCGUUAUCCUGGAUUUGUUUUGUUAUUCUGUCUCUCACUGUUAAAAUACACCUACCGUUAACAUUAUAGGCUGAUCAUUUCUUUUUCAGCAGAAAAACGUUCAAAAUCUGCAGGGGAUCAAAUACUUUUUUUCCUUUACUGAAUGAUGGAUAGACAUAUCAAUAUACAAUUGGUUAUUUUAUAGAUUUUUAAUAGCAGAUUGCACACAUGUUAAUUCAUAUAGAUAAGUACUUCGACGUGGUCUAAAAACAUGUUUUCAAUAAAUAUUUUAUAUCUUUUUUUUUUUUUAGGUUGCCAACAGCACACACCUGUUUUAAUCAGCUCUGUCUACCUCCUUACAAAACAAAGAAAGAAUUAAAGCAGAAAUUGACAAUAGCGAUUUCCAAUGCGGAAGGUUUUGGGCUGCAGUAAAAUUAGACCAAAAGUUAGCGCCAUAAACAUGACGUGUAUGGUUUUUGUCGAUUCAGGGCAACAAGAAGAGCAGUGCCAUUGAGUUGGCCAUUAAAUGUGGACAGGUGGUUUAAAGCAAGAAUAUUAAAUGACCGCAUACCUGCAGGUUAUAUUUUGGCAACUGCACUGAGACAAAGUCGUCUGGUGACUACACUGCUUAUUGACUGCGCUGAAGUGCAACCUCAGCGAGUGGGUUAAUGCCACUGUAAAUACAGCAUCCAUUUCUGCUGGGAUUUAAAUAGAUUUAGUGGUGAUUUUUAGCUGCACACAGUUACAUUUUAUGCAGGUGUACCUAGCAAGUGCUUUCUAAUAAUGUCACAG